AAAGCCGAGCAGCUGCAAGCGGGAGCUCUUGACAUCACAUGCAAGCUCCUCCUGCGCUCGACCUCCUCGCUCCCCCCUCCAACCUUAGCUCCCCUCUUUUCCCGCCCCUUCUACCCCCCACCCUCCAAAACAAAACAUCUCCUCUGGCGUGAGGCGGCUGGGAAGCCCACAAGGCGAGGGGGGAUGAGGGAGCUCCAGAGCCGGAGAGGCCGCCGGAGCAGCGCGCUGCCUCUCGGGGGCUUUUCCCUCAGCUGCGAAGAGGCCGGCUUCGCCCGCGUCUCUGGGGAGCGCAGCUGGCACUGAAAAGGACCCGCUUGGCCGGGCGCGCCAGCCAGCCAGCCAGUCGGCCGCCCGCCCGCUCUUCUUAAGCGGCUCGAGAGCGAGGAGGACGAGCCGACGGCAAGCGAGGCUGCGCCGCCGUCCGCUUUUGUUUCUUUCCCCCGCGCGCCCAGCAGAGGAGCUGGGAAUGCCGAGCGGGUUGCAAAGGUGAGGGCGCGCCGCCUGCCUCCUCCGCCCGGGCUGGCGUGUCCCCGCGCGCCUUCUCCACGCGCGCGCGCGCGCCCCCCACAUGCAGACACGCGCGCGGCGGCGGCGGCGGGGGGGCGAGCGGGAGCAGGAGGCGAAGAUGGCAAUGUCCGUGAUCCAAGCGUGCCGCAGCCUGGCUCUCUCAACAUGGCUGCUUUCCUUUUGUUUCGUGCAUCUGCUGUGCCUGGAUUUCACCGUGGCCGAGAAAGAGGAGUGGUACACGGCCUUCGUGAACAUUACUUACCCGGAUCCUGGUGGCGGCGGCGGCGGCGGCGGCGCUGGCGGGGAGUUGCGUAGCGAGAAGACCGAGUGCGGCCGCUACGGGGAACACUCGCCCAAGCACGACGUCUGGGGCCAGGUGGUGAUGACCUCGGCGGCCGCCGACCGGCUGGCCUGCGACCCCAACGCCAGGUUCGCCGUGCCCGGGCCCGGCAAGAUCUGGAUCGCGCUCAUCCCCAAGGGGAACUGCACUUACAAGGAUAAGAUCCGGCACGCCGCCGCGCAAAAUGCCUCGGCCGUGGUCGUCUACAACGUGGGCUCCAGCAACGCCAACGAGACCAUCACCAUGCCCCCCGCAGGUGAGCGGGUGUUGGGGGGGGGAGGGUGCUGAGCCACAACCAUCCCCCUCCCCCAAAAAAGUCCCACUGUUUGAGGAUCUCCCUUCUGGACAGUUUAAUCGCACCCCUCCUUGGACCAUCGCACCCAACCAGCCUCCCAGGAUGUUAUUAAUAGCCAAGCCAAUGGCCGUGGCCGGGGUUAAUAACAUCCUGGGAUCUGGGUGAAAAGCAGGCAGCGCUGUGUGCUUUGCCUAGCCAUAAGAUGAGUUUUUGGCUAUUUCUCUCUCUCUCUCUCUUUGCCCCCCCCCCCUCUUCUUGAGCUGGGGGAAAAAGAGGGGAAGGCUAGUGGAGUGAGUGAUGGGGCACAUCUAAGAGCUGGCCUUUGAAUAGCUUGAAGCUAAAUGCCAAGGGAUGCAAGGACAGCUUUUGAAUGCAGGGGAGCAGGAAAGUAAUAAGGGGAGGCAGGUCAGCUGUUUUGGGAAGGGUAGGGGGAGAAAGGUUGUAGCAGUCAAGGAUCCAACCAGGUGGAAGACAAAAGGGAAGAGGACAGGUACAAGGCAGAAGGGAAACCCCAGAAAGGGGAAAACCUGCUGGAAUGAUGUGCAUCUUGGCAAUAGGGAAUGGGAGGUUAGUGUGUCUGGUGCAGGGAAGGAAAGGGCAAUGUGUGGCCCUCCAGAUGUUGCUUAGACUUCCAACUCCUCUCAAUCCCAGCCAGCAUAGACUAUGGUCAGGGAUAAUGGGAGCUGGAGUCCAACCACAUCUGGAGGACAUUCACAUAUCCUGCCAUUUGAUUUCACUCUGAGCCUUUUUCAGUGGCCAUUCGAGAUGUGCACAUUACUUUCUGUGUUCCUUCAAAUUCAUUCAUGCUACAUUUGGGCUUGCGGGUGCAGCUCUUUGUAAUGAAUGGUUGAACUAUGUUGAUUAAACAGUGGGCUGAUACAACAGCACCUUUCAAUAUGUCUGGGAAAGUUUGAAAGUUCUGGUGUUUUAAGCCACUUCCCGAAUCCCAGGAGGUUUGUGAUUUCUGUGUAUAGUGCUGUUGCUGUAAGCCUUUUUCUGGCUUCUUUGCUGUCGCUUGCUCUGGCUGUGCAAGCACUGUGUCAAGAGAAUGAGCUAUUCAGGAUGCCAGGAACACAAUUAGGUUAAUUACUAUUAGAAGAUUUUACUUGGAAAAUGCAGUCUUAGUACAAUAUCUGCAAUUCCUGUGACAUGGAUUACUGUCUAAUUUCAGGUACUAUACACACAUGCAAUGUUUAAAUCCACUUUUAGGCUUCUUUGAAUUCUGCUAAGGCUUCUUUGCAACACACAGAGUGUAGAUGUUUAUGUGAUGGUGCUCUUGGAUAUAUUCCAGUUUGUCAUAUGGAACAAAAAUAAGUACAAAAUAUCAGUAUGCAAGAACAGGCUGUAUGAUGAACAUGUGCUCUUAUUCAUUAUCAGCAUUUGAAAAUGUUGUGUUUUUAGAAAACACCAAGAGUUGUUGUUUGGGGACAGGGCCCUACAUGGUCAAGAGCUACUUGCUUCUUAUUCCAAAAUACCACGCUAUGGAGAAUCAAAAUGCCACUUUUGAAUUUGGGUUGUACACAUCUUGCAAAUCAGCCUAGGUAAAUAUAUUUCUUCUUUAGUAAGAACCACAAAGUUCAAUGGGUCUUAGAUUGGGGUUGCAGUUGUUCCUCCUUAGAGGGGAACCUAGAGGAAAGUUUGGUAGCAAAACAUUAGCAUUAUUUUAACAGUAAUUACUAAGUUGUAGACCCUGACAGGUAGGGAAUAUACCAGCCACAAUAUUUGGUUGGACCUUGAGUUGGCACUAUGGAAACAGCCCAGUUUGGUCCAAAGGACUUCAGAGACUCUGUGAUUCAGCUCAGGGUCUGAACCUUCUUCAGAAAAAUAAGGCUUUGUUCUCACCUAUGCACUGUUGAGAAAUUUAAAAAAUGUUCCAAUGUUAUUCCUUUUGAAAGAGAUACAUGAUUUAUGUGGGCAUAAUAGCCCCUCCAAAGUGAAUAAAAUUUGACAAAUUACAGGCAAAUCAAUAGUGUUUUUUGUGGCAGGUGCCUUUUAAAGUUUAAUCUUUUUUCUUUUUUUUUUAGAAUAACAUUUUAUAGUUCUCAUAUUUUGCAGAAAUGGAUAAAAUUUGCAGGCAUGAUAGUCCCUUCUAAGGGGAUGGAUCCUACCAAAGAAAGAUAGCUAUUGCAGAUUCCUCAUAAGGACAGCAUUUGCAGUUUGAGGAUGCUAAGAAAGAAAGAAAGAAAGAAAGAAAGAUUUAUUAUGCUUAUUGGUCACUAGUAGCAUAGAAAGUUAGUAAUGGGCAAAAAAAGCUGGGGCAGCACACAGACAAUAGAACAAUAAAUUCAAAGAGAUUCAUUUUGUCUCUGCUAGUGUUUUGAGGGCGAUUGAUCUGAAAAUAGCAGAAGUGCCCCUAGGUGUGAAACCUGCCAAAUUACAUACAAAUGGGCCUAGGAGGUUUUGUGCUAGGUUCCUUUAAGUUGACAGUGUGUGUGUGUGUGUGUGUGUGUGUGUAGACUGAAGACUGAAAGGGAUUCUUUUUCUUCCCUGUGGUUUUGUUUGUGGUAAAAAAAUCAGCAGCAUUAGAGAGGUGCUACUGGUUCUACUGCACAUAGAGCUGCAAACAAAGUCUUUUGAUUUGAGGAAUAGGCUAAUGUGGGCAUUGGAAACUUGCUCUUUGUGGACCCAUAUACUUAUCCCACCCGAAAUCCUGUCGGUCAUGGCACCCUCCCAGCUGUGCCAGUGUUGUUGUUUGCCAGAUUGGGAUGUGUCCAGCAGAGAGACAGUGAGGAAAACAUCAAGUUGGUGGUGGGAACAAGGGUAUGUGAAUUUUGUGCACCACCAGUGCAGUCUUGCCCUGGCUCUCUCCAUCCUUUACAGGUAUGUGAUGACAGCUCAGGUGGUAUAGUGCCCUGGAAUAUUCUCCCUGCUUAGCUGCUUCCUACAAAGCAGGUAGGUUGUAUAUCUAGGUUCUGCUGUGAACACAAAGCAAUCCCAUAUUCUCUGCUGUUUGCUCCCACUGCUAGUUCUGCCAGCCUGAGAGAGAGAGAGAACUUGCAGCUGUUGAAUGUCAUCACUAUUUCUGGCUACAACAGAGAAGGUGCAUUUCAGCUUAGUGGGUGGAGCCCUCAGAGAGCCAUCUCUCCCGCUGCCCCCACCUCUUGCCCUGACCAGGCACAAGGUAGAUGAGGACAACACACUUUGCUAAAUGUGUGUGUUAUUGUUGUGUGGUACUUUUCUGUUUAAGCAGUGAGUGUUUAUUCACACAAAAUAGUACUUCAGUAAAAGACCCUAGUGUGUAUGUGGAAAAGAGGCACACAAAGACAGUAAGCGCUAAGUAAUAUUAAUAACAAUCAUGGCUGAUAAAUGAAAAUAAUCACUUGGGACAUGACCACACAUGGGAGAAAUAAUAUCAUUAAAAACAAGAGGUUGGGUGAUACAGUGGUACCUUGGGUUAAGUACUUAAUUCGUUCCGGAGGUCCGUACUUAACCUGAAACUGUUCUUAACCUGAAGCACCACUUUAGCUAAUGGGGCCUCCUGCUGCUGCUGUGCAGCCGGAGUAUGAUUUCUGUUCUCAUCCUGAAGCAAAGUUCUUAGCCUGAAGCACUAUUUCUGGGUUAGCGGAGUCUGUAACCUGAAGCGUAUGUAACCUGAAGCGUAUGUAACCCGAGGUACCACUGUAAACAAAUUUUUAAAAAACUAUUUGGAUUGAUUGAAAAAUGUUACACAAAGUUGCGCAGAAACAAAGGCCUCCAAACUACAAGGCUAACUAAAACACUGCACUCUGUGACAGUAGGACGGUCCCCUGUUUCAGCACCAAACUUGAAGGGCAGGCUCAUAGCCUUAGGAACCUGCAGUAGUUUCUCUCUGCUGCCACAACCCUUUUCUGUGUCACCUAAUGCCAAGGGUGAGGGAUUCCCACUGCCUUACGGUGAUCUCCUUGAGUGUUGGAGAGCAGCCAGCUGACUUCAGAGACUUUUUGCAACUUCAGCCUGUCUCCUGUCUGCUCAUCCAAUCACUUUGACAACCCCUAGUGUAGCCCCAAGCAGCCUAAGCCACAUGGUGGGAGGAUAAACAGCCGCGAGUGUGCGCCAAAAUCAGUACAGCCCAGAAAUCCAAUUAAGCAGUUUAUUCAAAUUGAGUACAGUGGUACCUCGGGUUAAGAACUUAAUUCCUUCUGGAGGUCCGUUCUUACCUGAAAUUAUUCUUAACCUGAAGCACCACUUUAGCUAAUGGGGCCUCCCUUUGCUGCCACGCCGCCGCUGCACGAUUUCUGUUCUCAUCCUGAAGCAAAGUUCUUAACCCGAGGUAAUAUUUCUGGGUUAGUGGAGUCUGUAACCUGAAGCGUCUGUAACCUGAAGCGUAUGUAACCCGAGGUACCACUGUAGAAGUAAAAAAAAGGGGGCUGGAGGAGAAAUAGCAGGUAGGAAGCUCAGAGUUGAAAUAAAACACUGCACCAGACUAGUGGUCUUAAAUAAUCCUACACUUUAUCCAAAUGAACAUUGUGGUCAACUCUGGCACUGGAAGUUUCAAGCAUCAGUUGCCGGUUGGGGAAAUCAAGAGGGACAACGUCUGUAUGGCCAAGGCCCAUUUUAAGGGCUCAGGACCCACAGUAGGCUUAAAGGCUAAAGUAGUUUCCAGCUAAUCAGAGUUCAGGUGUGCCUGCCAGGGAAUCAGUGUGUGUGUUGGGGAAAUGGUAGACGCCUCCUGGAGGCACAGCAAGAGGGUUAUUACACACACAGAAAUUCUCCCAGGAUUCAUCUGUCUUUUUGCUAGGAUUUAAUUAUAAAUUUUGUGUGUUUAAGAAGGGAUAGGCCUUAUUCUCUAGGCAAAAUGGUGAGCAAGGGACCAGACUGUUCACACGCGCUGCUCAGGAGAACAGGGACACUUGGAACAUAUAAAAUCAGAAUGGGAUUAAAGGAUCAAAAAUGUUGGACAAUGAUUAGAAAAGGGUGCCUAAGGGAGGGAUGCCUCCAAACUUCAUCAAAACUCUUUCUGAUGUAUUUUGCUCUGUAGAACAGAACAGCAAAAGAUCAAGAAGUAAUAGUGUGAAAGUGCAUAUUCCUUCAGCAUCUCUCCCUCCAGAGCACUAGAAUUGGAGAGUGCAGGUGCCUUGUGGAAAGGAUGCUGCUUGCACGCUUGGCCUGUUGGUCAUGAAUGAGCUAUCCCUUCCCAUUCAAGAUCCUGGCAUUUUCUUAAGCUAGAGGCAUAAGUUUGAUUUUGCAAAGCUGUACCUUUUCUUCACCUGUGUUUUCCUUUUAUGGAAAGCUUAGAUACAUAGUUUCACAUUUUGCUGACCCUUGUCUGUAGCAUGGUUGGGCUGUUUCUUUCGUUUUUUUGCAUCUGAGUCACUAAGGUGCCACAAGGUGAUUCGCAAUACAGUAUCUCCUCUAACUCAGAGCACCUGGCUUGUGCGGAUACUGCUACACAUUGGAGAAGCCAAGAAUCUCUCCGAGGUAUCCGGAUUCAGCACAAGAUUUGUCUGUAGCUGCAGCUUAUCCCUACUAGGCCUCAUGAAACUUAAUAGGACAUUCCAAGUAAAUGUGCAUAUGUACUGGGGUAUUAAAGGCACGCAGUAAGGAAAUCAGAACUUCCUACAGAAAUACUGGGAUGCAACAGCUACUGUACAGGCUACCUGAGACUUUGGGUGAUUAGGACUUCCGGAUAUAUUUUAUUUGGAGAAUAGUUGUGUGUUUUAGCUGAGGUGUUAUUUUCAAAUAAAAUAUUGCAUUCGCGCAAUAUGUAUUCAAUAGUGGCCAGUGUGGAGGGACAGAGCCACCUUCCCAGCACUGGCAUUGCUGCAGGAUACCUGGCUAGUGCUGCAGUGAGGCAGGGUGCUGGAGAGUUUGGGGUUGUGUGGAUGCACUGACAGAGUGACUUGGGUAGCAGGUGGGUGAUCCUGACUGGGACUGUAGCAUCCUUGGAGGGGGGGUGUUAACCUCUCCCCCCCCCACUUUGUGGUACAGUCCCAAGAAAAAUGUUUUCCUGAAGCUGCUUGAAGGAGCCUGCCUAAUAUCAAUGAGCAGGGAGUUCCACAGUGUAGGUGAUGCCACACUGAAGGAGUGACUCCUUGCAACUGCAGAAACAACAUCAUGCGAAACUUGUAGAAAUGCCAGUUGUGCAGAUUGAAGUGGCUGAAUGUGCAUAUAUGGCAGGCUUCCUCGACCUCGGCCCGCCAGAUGUUUUUGGCCUACAACUCCCAUGAUCCCUAGCUGGCAGGACCAGUGGUCAGGGAUGAUGGGGAUUGUAGUCUCAAAACAUCUGGAGGGCUGAGGUUGAGGAAGCCUGAUAUAUGGGGUAAUGGGAUUCUUCGGGUAAACUGGUCCCAGGCUGUUAAGGGUAACACCAUGAAUAUGGUCACUCCAGGACAGAAGCUGACAUUGACAUUGGUGCCUUUCAUGUGUUUUCCUGAUUGGCUACUUAUGCUGGAACUGAAACUAUCUACUGUACUUAGACCAUGCCUUGAUUAACCUACGGUCCUCUCUGUGCUGUUGGAUUCUAGCUCCCAUCAUCCCUGACCAUUGGCCAUGCUAGCUGGAGUUGAUGGGAGCUGGAGUUCAACAAUAUCUGGAGGACCACAGGUUAACUGCAGAUCCUCCAAGGAUCAAACAAACAAACUACCCUUGCUCUUGACAAAGUGUGAAGAAGCUUUUUGUCAGCUUCACCUUGAUAGCAGUCUCAGCUAAAGUCCCAAGGCAAAGUCUGAAGGCUCACUGCUGACUACCAGCCAUAAACUGGUUUAAUGCAGGCACAUCCCAGAGAAGUGCUAAAUGCCUCAGCUCUGAUUUUUCUAAAAUAGCAGUUUAUACCUAUUUGUGUAAACCUGAAUUCCUUUCCCAGCAAACAUGGUCAGCAUUUUCUACCAUUCCUAGCAUUGCCUCCUUUUGAUGCUUGCUGCGACGACUCCCCUCAUAGCUACUAGGUCUUGACAUAAUGUAUUCCACAUUUGUUUUUCAUGUGGAAUGCAUUACAAUGGAAUGCUUCUCCACAUUUUCUCCCCCUCCUUCCAUUUCCAUGGAUGCUUGUGCAGGCAAAAACAUUUAUGCAUUCAUGGAAAACUUAUAGUCAAUUUGAAUAUUAAGGGACGGGUCAGAGAGCCUAUUGCCCUGGACAGGAGAAACGAAGGGUUGUAUCCAACAGAGCAAUCCCUCAGUAUAAGGGUCUUCUACUUUCACAGUGGAAUUUCUUCCCCUGCUCCCCUUUUGUACCUCCCACUCCCCACAAAUCUGCUCUGGAGGGUUUAUAGAAAAUCCCAAGCAGAUGGGGGGGGGGGGCACAGGGAGAGGAAAGGGAGAGGAAGUCCCAUUGCACAGGCAGAAGUCCUUCUGCUAAUGGGACAACUUCAUUUGAUGUAACCCUGAGAGCUUCAAUGGACACUGUGUGUGUAUCCAGUCAUAGUGUUGGGUGUAGGGAAAGGCCACACAUUCUCAAAAGGGCAAGCUUUGUGCCCUAAAUUUCAAAAAGUGGUCUAGGCCAUUACAAAUGAAUAGGGCCAAAAUAAUGAAUGAGCUGUUCUCAUGGCCCCAAUCCUAACCCAAGUACCCAGAACCAGACUUUUCUAAUUUUUUUUUUUUAAUCAAGCAUAGCAGUCAUGGUUUGGGAGGUUUCUGGGUGUUUUUGUGGGGGCUGUUGUUAGCCAGAAUCUUUGGAAGUUUUAAGAAGGUAGAAAAAUUACUUUUUCCAGCUGAGAGAGAGAGUGUGUGUGUAUGCAUGUAUGUGCUGACUAAAUCGGAAAAGUUAUACAUUUCAGCCUUUGUUUUUAUGAUUCAUACAUUUGUCAAAUGGGUAAGAGGGAACUGUGGCAUGGCAUGGCAUGGCAUGGCAACUGUGGCUUUGGUGCAGAAUGCCAGAAGUAGAGCUAUAAAAAGUUAUGGAGAGGGGAAAUGAAGGCAUGCAAAACCAAAAAGGAAGUUUGUUGCUCAAAGGAGGACACGUUGGUUCUCGCUUUUCUCAAAAUUUCUGUGUAUUCAUUCUCAUAAACCAUUUUAUUUUAGUGAACUGGUUGUUCUAGGUUUGGUGUUUUUGUUUCAGCUUUGCACUUGAAGCCAACUCAACUCCACGUUAUAUGAGGCCAUAGAACAAAAGAGACAUUGGUCUCUCAGUUUCAUGUUGCUUGCACCAUCCCUCUCUUUGUGGCAGGGGAAGGUUUUCUUACCUGGUUUCCACCUCCUGUUUGUGUUUAUACCUAUGACAUGUGUCUUCAGCAAGUAUUCCUGUGCUGUUUGAGAAAGGUGUAGGGGAGCUACCUAGGACUCCUUAACACAGCCUCAGAUCAGAUAUGGUAACCCACUGAAUUUCAUAGCCUGGAGGAAAAGAAACCUAACUGGAGUUCUCUCAAUAAUCGCAAGUGAAUAGGAAAGAUUCGGAUCCCACCCCUGAAGUGGGGCCAGUGCUUUUAAAGGCUAAAUAUUGGCCGUCUUUCCUGACAUUAAACAGUCUGGCUGGUACUAGGGAGAGUUUAUUGGAUUUGGCACAAAUGAGAGAUGCUAAUUUAGCAUCCCUUUUUGCAUAUUCAUAAUAUAAAUAACUAUACAUAAUUAAUAUUCAUGUUAUACAUGUAAAUUAUGGCACAUAAAUCUGUACAGGUGAGAGAUGGCAGCUCUCCCAAGUGCCCAUUACUUCAGUAAAAGCUAUCACACUUUUAAAACUUGAAAUGCACUUGUUCUACAUAAGGAUGCUCUGAUAAGAUAUCUAUGAUAUUUUUACACAUCCAAAAAAGGGUUCCUGUGAUUGUGAAAAUCACGAGGAAGGAAUGUUGUGCUAUAUAUUCAUUAAAUUGACUGCAGUAUGCUAAGAGGAAAGUCUUCUGUUCUAGGUUUUGAAAAUUCCUGAGUGUAGGUGAAAUAAUAUGAUCAGUUUUUACAGGGAAGAUUACCAUGGAGUUGUUUUUUGUUUUUGUUUUUGUUACAUUUUGCCUUUCCCCCAAGAUGCUCAAGGUGGGGUUCAUAUCCCCCCCCUCCAUUUUAUCUGAGGAACAAUAACCAUAGUUGUUUGAGAAAUGUUAUUUUAGUUUUUUGGGGGAAAGGGUUUCAUGUAGCUGUAUCUUGAUUUCACAAUCUGUGGGUUUAUUUUUAGAGCACUUUCCUUUUUUUAAAAAAUGCAUGCAGUAACUCUCAGUCUACCUGAAUUUGUACAUUUAGUAGGAACGUAGAAUCACAGGUGAUAGGGUUGCGUAGGAUUUCCAGAAUCUUAAACACCCAACUUCUCCUACUGACUGAAUUGAAACUCUCUUAUGCCAGAUGUUCCCCCAAGCUUUCUUUAAAAACCAAGGUAGAGGAAGUUUAUAGAUUUUCCAACCCUAAUAGAAGGGUCUUUUUAAAGUUCAUAUUUUUAGGAAAAAAGAAAUGAAAUGCAUUAAACCCCACAAAAAGGCUAAGUAAAGUUUAUAGAGGUUUUAAUUCCUACUUCACUUAUUUCUGUGGUAACUUUUGCAGCCCACAAAGUAUGGCACCACAACUGCAGUCAGCAUAAACCACAGUCUCUGUUUUUGUUUUGUUUUUGGCCUGUAAACAACUUAUAUAUAAUUUUGUACAUCUGCAGGUUGGGAGGACUUAAUGCCAUAUGCACGAAUCCAACUGCAGCAUAGAUACUUUGAUUUCAGAUGCAAAUAUACAUAUAUAUAUAAAUGUAUUUUGGAGGACUAUAUGCAAUAACUCAAUAAACUGCCUUAUACCAGGUCAGGUUCAUUUAGCCCAGUGCUAAUUGAUUGGCAGUGGUAGUGUCUUUCCAGGAUCUCAGGUAGAUCACAUCACCUACUCCUUAAUUCUUUGGUAACUGGAAAUGCCAGGGAUCAAACAUGAGGGCUCUGAGCAUGCACUCUGUCUCUGAGCUAGGGCCUGUUCCCAUGCAAACUGAGCUUUGCAAUACCAUUUUAUUUUAUUUUUGAACUUCAAGGUUGGAUGUUAUCCCAGACUAGCCAGAAGCAAGGCCCCAUCUGCACUGUACAUUUAAAGAGCAGUGUCCUACUUUAAACAAUCGUGGCUUCCCUCCCAAUAAUCCUAGGAUCUGUUGUGUGUCAAUGGUGCUAAGAGUUGUUAGGAGGAUCCCUGCCUCCAUUUACCUCAUAGAGCCACAAUACACUCAAGAGUCCCUUUGUGAAGAGGGAUUGACUGUUAAACCACUGUGGGAAAUACCAAUAUACAACAUGUAGCAUAAAUUACUAUCUUGAACCAAGUCAUACUCUUAAUGUUACACAAAACAUUGAACAUCUUGGUAAAAGAACAUCUGUGUAAUCUGUUACUUGGAUUUUCACAAUAUGGUCCAUGUUAUUAAAGACUCGGUUAUUAAUAUAUUUCUACUGAAAGUCAUAUGCCAGCCUUCCCAAACCUGAUGCCAUCUAGGUGGGGUUGGGCUCUAAUUCUCAUCAGCUCCAGCCAGCAUGGCCAGUGAUCAGGGACCAUGGGAGUUGUAGUCUAAUACUUCUGGAGGGUACCAGGUUGAGAAAGGCUGGGAUAUAGCCUAGCUUCAUCUGGCUAGCAUAGUCUUAAGCAAUGUAAUAGUGGGAGGUGAGAAACCACAGUAGGCACUUUCUACUUUGGUAUAGUGGUAUGCAAAUAUUCUUAUAAAUAAACAAUAGAUUUAAAUAUACAUCAUAUGCAGCUAAAACUAGGGACGGUGCCCUAUGCUGUAGUAAUAUACAAUGUGUAUCCCAUUUUCUCAAGCUGCUGUCAUCUUAAUCCUUUGACAUGGAAUUAGCGAUUUGCACCCUGCAAAUGUGGCAACAAUAUAGACUUUAUAUAUUAGAGUCAGCCAUGUGAAGCAGGUACAACUACACAAUUGUAGUGCUUAAAUCUGAAGUCAAAUUGAGUGCUGGAGCAAGCAGAAGUAGAAAAAUGCUCAGUAGUGAUAGGACUGUAUUUGGAUCCUAAAUAUUGUUUUCCAAUGCAUCCAUGGACUGUAUCUACUUUUUAUUUGACUGUUGCACAUUUCUAGCUUGUAAACCUUACCUGCUUGCAAUCAAACCAGAAGACACUUCCUCACAUUUCUUUGAAUAACAUCAUGAAAGACUAUAUUCUGGUUGUCUCAGCAGCAAACAUUGGUAUUUGUAGGGCUGAUUCACAUAAUUGUUUCAAAAUCUGUUUCCCAAGCAUUGUUUGAUGGCAUUUUUAGACUGAAAUAGUUCUUGAUCUCCAUGGAAACAGCCGUUGAUAUCAGGUAUCUCAGAUUAACAUGUCCUCUGACAGUAUAUUAACAUGUACUAUGAACCCUACGCUCCAUUUUGGAAUACAUGGAUAUCAGAUGCUGACAUACAAGUGCAUUAGGGGUUCAUUGUUGCUUGUUCUAGCCCUGGUGUUUAAGCAUCAAUAUGAUACCUACUAAUUAGGCUAUUACAAUAUCGUGGCAGAGCAUCCUGUCAUUGUUGUGUUAACACAGUUGCCUCUCGUUGACUCAUGCAUGCGAAGCACCAUGACAACUCUUGCGAUGUGUUUCAUUUAGCACCUGGAAUGCUUUCAGAAGAUAAAGAGAAAAUGUGGCUUCUUAAAAGCUGGUGAGGGAAAGAAGUGCAGGUGUUGAUCAGGGGCUCAUAUGAUCUGCCUCUACCCCCAGCCCCGCCUCUGCCUGCCUCUUACACCUGGAGCCAGAUGAAGGGACACUCCCAUCAUUGUGAAAGAGUAGCUCAAAUGCCUUCUUCACAUUCCAGUACCUCUUGCAUGGUCAUGCUGCACAAAGACAGUAUUCAGUCCUGAUAAGGUGCUUUUCUGCCCUUUUCAUCUACAUUGGAUUGCUGAUUAUCUGGCUGCUGAAGGACACAAUACAUUCAUUGAUUUAUUGAAAUAAGAUAUGUAAAAGGACCAUGAAUUCGUGUAACCUCAUCUCUUUGUUAACUGAGUAUAGUCCAUGCACGAUAGGUCUGGGUGGUUUUGUACUACUGCAAAGCAUAUAUGUUACCAAAAAGGGUAGCUAGCAUGAGGAAGCACUGGCUGCCAAAACAGGUGAAGGAUAAGUGGAAUACUGGGUCCCUGAAAGCAAUGGGAGAACUCUGAGGCAUGUUGCGUAUUUUUAAAAGAAGUCUGCAUCUCCCCAAAGCUACCCAGAAUGGUCAAUAGCCAAAGGCUGCAUGUUCAUACUGCCAAGUGGUUGUUGAAGGGAACUGAACAGUCUGUUCCUUGUUGCCCCUCAACCUUAUAGGGUGCACACCAUUCAAUAUUUGUCCUCCUAGCCCAGUCACCAUUCCCACUGCAUCUAACUACUUAAAGGAUCAUGGAUGGAGAGGGUCAGUGUCAGAAGACACACAUCCUCAAGCAUCAGUCCUCCAAGGCUAACCCUCCUCUGGCAAAGACAUUUUCCCUUUUGGGUGAAUGGAUGCUGGGAAGGACCUGUCUCUCUGGUGCCUUUUGGAAGACAUUGGGACUUUGAAAAGCAGUAUGGUUUGGUGGUGGCUUUAAAAACCAAGAACUGGCACGGUUGUUUUGAAAACAGAACGUAUCUGUGAUUGUUCCAAGAUCUUAAAAAGGUUACUUUAAGAUGGGAAAUAAAGAUGUGCCUGAAAAUACCAUGAUUACCUUAAUGGAAUUGUAGGUAUAUGCAUAGCAAGAGGAAUGUAAUUUCUUACAUACUACGGCUUUUCAAAAAUUGCCUUGUCAUCAUAUAAGUUGCCUUGUAAUUAUUAUAUUUAAAGCAUUUUUCCUGUUCAUCGUGAAUGUUUUAUUUACGCCAUUUGUAAAUGAACCCAAUGCAUUAAUUGCCAGAUUUAACUAAAUUUGGGGUUCAUUUGGCGUCUUAACACAGCUCAUGUGACAUUGGUUAAGUAUAGGUGAAUAUGCUUUUUGCAAAUGAUGGUUUUUCCCGCUCAUCUUUCUACUGCAGUCCCUGGGCAUCGCUCAAAAGCCUGUCCUGGAGGUUGAGGGGGGCCUUGUGAGUGGGAUUCAGUGUGGUGCAGGAAGACACUUCUGGAAGGAGAAAUUGGGAGUCUUUCUCCCCCACUCCCCAUGUGCAUGCUGAAAUUCUUUAGAUACUGAAUACUAUAGAUACAAUGCUGAUAAAAUGUUGGCUGAAAAGUGGCACUUUACAGUUUAUACUAUAGGAUAUAACAAUACAUUUUGAGAAAUAAACUGGUUUGAUAGCAAGUUACAUUAUAUACGUUAUAUAUUCUGAACAAUUUACCGUAUUUUUCCAUGUAUAAGACAAUGUUUUUUGCUGACUUUUUUUCGGUCAAAAAUUGGGGGUCGUCUUAUACAUGGAAUGUGAAUUCCAUAUACAUGGCUGCUUGUCAGUCCAUUUCUUAAAACACUUCUGCCAGAUCUCACCAUCAUAAAACAAUAAGUCAAUCUCACUCUUUUGAAAAAGAAAAACAAUCUGUUUCACUGUUUUAAGUUAGAUUCCUGGAAAAACAGGUCAGUCCUGAGAUUUUUAAAAGAACAUUUUCAAAAUAACUGCAGUUUAAUCUUUAGACCGUUUCAUUGUGGCUUUUCUCCAGCAAUGCUGAUCCUGGUUAAUCACCAGAGAAAUUAAUGCUUGAUCAUCAAUGAACAAAUAUUAAACACAAAAAUCUAUAAAGAAAAGAAUUCAUAAGCCAAAAACAAAUAAACCCAUCAUAAAAAAAGAUUGUUCAACACUGUUUGUUGAAUCAUAUUAAAAACAUAUUAAAAACAACCCAUUAAUCUAUUCUUCCCCCUCCUACCCUGCCAUCAUCUAAAAGCAAAGAUGAAGAAACUGAUCAUUAGGUGUUAUAAAGCCAUUUAAUUAAGAAAAGCUUUGUUAUAAACGUUUAACUUCAGUGGAUAUAUCUCUGCUUUCGUUAGCACAAAAAUGUCGCAUCAAAACACAUUUUGUACCAGAAAAAGCCAAAAAAACCACCCAAGUACAAAGAUAGAUCAGUUAGAAGACAAUAUGCAAGUCAAACUGAUAAUUUCCAAAGUGUUAAAUAAUUGGCCCAUAGAAGUAGCACAUUAGUACUGUCUUACUGAGAUUAUUCUUCGCUUUGUGUUCCUGUGGGGUUAAUACAGGCAACCCCCAAUUUAUGUGGAGAUUAUGUUCCAAGGCACUGCACAUUUAAGUGAAAUCACAUAUAUUUGAAACACCGUUGAAAAAGCCUGCAAAAACCCCAUUCCAUCCCCUUUUGUGACAUUUUUGAGUCACUUCUGGGAUGCACACACGAGCAGUUGCACGUAUAUGGGGCACCUAACAUGGAAGUGGCCUGCAAUAAAUAUGUGACCCAGUGAUAGGGUUGCCAUAUUCCCAAAAGUGAAAACUGGGACAAAGUUGUUUGGCUUUUUUGGGGGGGGGGAUUUAUCUCCCCCCCCCCCCAGGUUUUUGGACUUUUCUUUUCCCAGACAUUUUGCUGAUUCAGUGAUAAUCUGCCCAGAUGCCAUUUUGCUGCCCAAUUCCUGGACGUGUCUGGGAAAACUCAGACGUAGGGCAGCCCUACUGAAAUGUACUCGGAGUCAAGAGUGGAUUUCAUGCUCUUUAUUCAGCUCAUAGUGGUGAGGAGGAGUGGAAGUUCCCCCAGAAUGUCUGCCUUAUAUACAUUAUUUACACAAUGGGCCCCACGUGAUUGGCUAAUUCCAGGAUUCUCCUGUAGGCCAAUCAGGUUGCGGAUUCACUUCCACCUGGAGCUGGAUUGGGUGGCUCCUGUGGACCAAUCAGACUGCUGCAUUCUGAAUCCUAUUGUUCUAGGACCAAUCAGAUUGCUGCAUUCUGAAUCCUAUUCAGCUCAGUACAUAACACCUACCCAGUCAUUUUUCUGCAGUAUAUGGCUUCGAUAACACUUCAGUCUCUACUGUACUGUGUCUGCCUCCAAAUUCUGCAGUGAAUUUUGACCCUAUGACAUCCUGAUGACUUUGUGUUUGUGGGUGUUUUCAAACAAUGAGUCAUAAAAUACUUUUCAGCUUUUUGUUUUUUAAUUGAAAUCAAUUUGUCAGGCCGUUAUAGAGAAGCUCUCUUCCUUAGCUUCUGCCUUUCAUUGUUAUUCCGCUCAAUAGCUAAGUAAUUAAAGAAUCCCCCGUGAUCAAAGUUCUGUUUUACAGGCUUCACUUAUCUGGAACCGCAUUUUUCCUAAUCUCUUGUUGCAGCUUUAUAGAUGGAGGUCUGUAGUGGCAUCGGGGGGGGGGGGGGAGCCUGCUGUUGCUGUGUUAACUAAGCCACAGUUGCAUCUGCAGCUUUGUGUCUGUCUGUAAAUGUAGCCAGUGGCACUGCCCGCAUUCAGGAGACCUUGGGCAAAAUGCCCUCUUUUGGCUCCCCCAUUGUCACACCACUUUCUCUCCUGUCACCCCAUCCUGGGGGAAGAUCGAGUCACUUUUCCAUUCACUCUUCAGAAAGAAAAAAGGACUGAUCCUCGCAUCCUCUGCAGCCUUCUUACCACUCAGUGGUGAAGAGACUUGUUCCAUUUCCCUUGUAAUAGAAGUGGUUAGUGGGCUCAAUCAUCUCCUCCCACUCCUGUUACAUCCUUCUCAUUUUCUUCCUUAAGUACCGGCUUUGGGAGUAGUUCCCGUGGUCCAGGGUACACACACUGUUGGGUACACACACUAGAGACUCUGGGAAAUUAAAGACAGUGGGUGCAACUACAGUGGUACCUUGGGUUAAGUACAUAAUUUGUUCCGGAGGUCCGUUCUUAACCUGAAACUGUUCUUAACCUGAAGUACCACUUUAGCCAAUGGGGCCUCCCGCUGCUGCCGUGCCGCCAGAGCACGAUUUCUGUUCUCUUUUUCUAUAUAUAUUAUAUUUUUAUUAGUUUUCAAAUACAAAAACAAAUUUAUACAUUCCAUACAUCUUAAUUACAUCUUACUUCUCUUUUUUGACUUCCCUCAAUUUGUCUGCCAUUCCUUCCUAUUGUUACUUUUUACACAUUUCUGCCCUUUUUUUUAUAUAUAUAUAUAUAUAUAUUAUCUGUUUCUGUUCUCAUCCUGAAGCAAAGUUCUUAACCUGAGGUAGUAUUUCUGGGUUAGCGGAGUCUGUAACCUGAAGCGUAUGUAACCUGAAGCGUACCGUAUUUUUGUCCCAUAGGACGCACCUAAUUUUUUUUGGGGGGGGGGAAUAAAGGGAAUUUUUUUCCCCUUUAUUUUCCCCCCAAAACCAGGUCGGGGAACAGCGGGAUGGCGGCGCCUCCCCGCUGUCCCCCGAGCUUGUGGGGCUGGCCGAUGUCUGCCCGGCGGGCGGGGCGCUCUGCUUCAGGGCAUCCCGCGCACCGGGCAGCAGGCUGCUAUCCCCACGCUGCGGAUGUCUGCCCGGCGCGUGGGGAGCUCUGCUUCAGGGCACCCUGCGCGCCGGGUGGCAGGCUGCUAUCCGCAGCCUAGGGAGCCCUGCGGGAACUUCCGCGGGCUCCCCAGGCUUGCUGAUAGCUUCCUGAAGCCUGGAGAGCGGGAGGGGUCGGUGCGCACCAACCCCUCUCACUCUCCAAGCUUCAGCGAAAGCCUGUAUUCGCCCCAUAGGACGCACACAGAUUUCCCCUUCAUUUUUGGAGGGGAAAAAGUGCGUCCUAUAGGGCGAAAAAUACGGUAUGUAACCUGAGGUACUACUGUACUUGCUUUGAUUGCAUCACCCAUAAUAAAGUUUCUUAAAAAUAAGAGAGAGGAGGAUGCUGGAGGUUGUUUCCUUUUCUUGGGCAAUUGUUCAGGGGGCCCCAGAUCCGUGGGGCACUGGACGUGAGUCCUAUGGCAUAAGGAAAUCAGCUUCUCCACACUAUUCCCCCUUUGCUUCAUCUUAUUUGAAUCCCUCCAGAGUAUUUUAGAGUAGAGUAUUUUAUCUACUGUGGUGUUAUACUUUUGAAAAACUUAUUGUCUUUUAUUUCCCUCCUAUUACUAUCAAGCAUCUUUAGAUAAACCCAGAUACAGUGGUACCUCGAGUUACAUAUGCUUCAGGUUAAAUACGCUUCAGGUUACAGACUUCGCUAACCCAGGAAUAGUACCUCAGCUUAAGAACUUUGCUUCAGGAUGAGAACAGAAAUCGUGCUCCAGUGGCGCGGCUGCAGCAGGCGGCCCCAUUAGCUAAAGUCGUGCUUCAGGUUAAGAACAGUUUCAGGUUAAGAACGGACCUUCAGAACGAAUUAAGUUCUUAACCAGAGGUACCACUAUACUAAUCAUUGGCAUCUUCCCACGCACCAUAAAGCACACUUAAAACACGUGACUGGGAUCUCUGGUUUCCCCUUCACAGAGCUCCCGUUCCCAGCACCCUUAACAAACUACAGUUCCUAGGAUUCUUGGGCAGGGGGAAUCCUGUGCUGUAAAUGUAUGUUGAGUUCGUAGUCUGGUUGCUGAGGUGGGAUAUAGUUGUCUUGAUCUAGUGGCUGUCAUGUAUCCCUUCAUAACUCUGCAAUGAUUAUUCUACCGUUUGUUGUGCUGCCUGAGCUUCCAUUUUUGCUUCCAUUCACUUGUUCAGAGAGUCUGUCCACUGGUGAACAUUCCUAGCUGUUGCCCAGCAUAUCAAUUUUCACGUUCCUCUUGCCAUUUAGCAGUGCCCAAAGUGCUGAUGGAGCGAUGCUCUUUCAUUUUACAUCCAGAGCUGGAUUAUAUCCAGAGGGAACAGUUGAUAGCAGCAAAAGGAAUUCUCAUUACUGAGAUUAAAGGUAAUUUUGCAAAGAAAGAAAAAAGUCAGUUCUUUUGCUGUGGGAUUCCUAAUAGGUCCUCUUAGAAAUAAUUUUUCUUUGUGCCUUUCCAUGACUCAUCUUUUAAAUUUUAGCAGUAAGUGCUUUCAACUCUCUGCUAAAUUCUACUAAUUUUUCAUCUGGGAAAAGCAGGACAUACCUGUUUUGGAAAGCCAAGUGCUAUGGUGAUGCUGAUCCAGUCACUUUCUUCACAUUUAUUAGACAUGGUUGUGUAAUACAGACAAGGUACUUAUUGCAACUUGCCACCUUGAGUGAUGGCCAUACUGGACGGUAAGGGCCAGUUAGAAAGCUUUGGCCAACCUUGUCAACAUAGUCAUUAGUGAAUCUUUAUUAGAGAAGUUUCUGCCAGAUGGGGAUGCUGGUACACUCAAGAUUUGGUUUUGUCACCCGCUAUAUGAAGUCACUGGGAGAGACUUGUUAACAAGAGUUCGUGCACUGAUGACACUCAGCUCUGUGGUUUGUUUUGUCCCCAUCCAACCCUUGUGAGGCAGUUCUGUCCUUGAAUACACGUCUGCAAUAAGUGAUGGAUUGGAUGAGAGUGAAUAGAUGUAAUCUCAAUCCAGGUAAAACAUCAUUGAUGAUAGUGGGAUACUUGACUAAUCCCUGACUGUGGUAUUCUUAGGGGCACUUAUAACUACAUUACACACAUCUGAUUUAGGUUAAAAAGGCUAUUAAAAAACCAGUCCCAACACUCUUAUGCCAGAGCCUAUACUUGCUCUAGAUAAUUUUCUCCUGUAAGGAAGAGACAAAUAGCUUGAAGGUGUGGCUGGACCCAGUAUUGUUCCUGUAUUCCCAGGUGGCAGCUGUAUAAACUACCUUUAUCAGCUAUGCCUACUGUUGGAAUAUAGACUUCAGAUCUGCCAUUCAUGAUUUGGUGGUAUGCAGAUAAGUGUGAUGACUUUGAAGAAGGAACAGAAAUGCAGCUGAAGCUAAUUGAAGUGCCCCACUUGUUAACAAGUGUAGACUGAUACCAGUUUUGAAGCCACCUGAAUUGGUUGCCACCAUAUUUCUGGGCCCAGUUGUUCAGAGUGUUCACUCUUCCCUGUAAAACAGUGAUGAGGAACCUGUGGGCCUUCAGAUGUUGUUGGGUUUCCAACUCCCAUCAACCCCAGUUAACAUGGCUAAUGUACAUGGAUGAUAGGAGUUACAGCCCUCCAACAUAUGGAGAGAUGUAGGUUCUCCAUUUUGACUUUAAAAACCCAAGAACCUUGGAUCCUGACCAUCUCAGGGAGCAUCUUCACCCUUAUAUCCCACCCUCCCAAACUAUGAUUCUUAAGAUGUUUUGAUGAGGUCCUGCUCUGGGUUUCAUUUUCUGGGGCAGCAGUAUUCACCACCACGAAGAGCAAGGUCUCUUCCAUUACAGCCCUGUUGCUGUGCGUGUCAAAAUAGGUUCAUACAGCAUCCUCUCUGUUGGCCUUUUGAAAGCAGGUAAAAGGUUUCCGUUUUAGACUGCCUUUGAAAAUUGACUUUUAAAAAACUGGCCUCACCCUAUAUUGUGUGUUGCUGGGCUGUUUUCCUGUCUUUGGGGCAUAAUAUUUUUUAGUUUGUUUUUACUGUGUGACUAGUCAUAUUUGUGGCUGGAUUUCAACCCUGUGACUGUUAUUUUCUAUUAAUAGCAGUGUAGAGGCAGUCCUUUAUUGGAAUAAGUCCUCUGCUUGAAAGGACUUUCCAGUCCAGUCUGGCUUAAUGAUAAUGAAUUAUUAGGAGAGAGAAUAGAGUCUUGGAAGUUUGCUUGUUUAACUUAAAAUAUAUAUUUUUAACCACCCUUCAUCAAAAGGUUCCAGGAUGGUGCAGCAAAAUGAACAGUCACAUAGGUCACCUGGUCAUGGUCUUCCCCACUACUGUAUUGUUCUAUUGAAAUUAUACUAUUUCUAAAUAUGCACCUCUGCAUACACAUGCAAACUGGAUAUGAAAGUUGGUGUUCUCUUUUAUCCUCAUUUUUGCUGAUGUGUAAAUGACCACUCUACUUCUGAGUAGUCUUCUAUUGGAUUGUGUGUCUUGCUUCUUGUGUAACUGGAAUCUGUAUGUGUGGUUGUUUAAGCCUCAAACCCAUUGGAAACAAGAUGACUGUCCAAAGGCUUAACUGGUUUUUGACAUAAAAAAGCAAGCUCUGUAUUUUUUUUAUGUCUGGUGCUGUUCCCACCUUGAGUUCUACUCACACUGUUCUUAGAUAGCAGCCACUGUCCAUGAAGCCUGUUUCAACCAAAAUGACUUUGGUAUGUUUGACUUCAAAAGGGAAUGCAUAUCAGGAAUCGUCUUCCUACCUCGCCCUAGCCAACAUGCAUGCUGAAACAUCAUUUCGAAACUGUGUAGCCAGAUUUCCAGAUAGCAUAGUAUAUCUUUCAAGGAGAAUGUUCCUGGGUAGACAUUUAAAGAGACAACUGUAAAAAUAAUUGUCAGCAAACCAAUGAUCACUAAAUGCAUAAGUGGAUUUCUGUGAUGAUGUGUGGAGAGGACUGACAUAGCUGCAGCAGGGAGGGAGAGAAGUGGUUAAUGGGGGUAAGAGACACUGCAAACCUCUUUGGUGUCUAGGAUGUCUGUAUUGCCCCUGGCAGGGAAGUGGGUGGCGCUGUAAUCUGAACCGCUGAACCUCUUGGACUUGCUGAUCUGAAGGUCUACGGUUCGAAUCCGCAUGACGGGGUGAGCUCCUGUUGCUCUGUCCAAGCUUCUGCCAAAAAGCAUGUCCCAGCUUCUAUUCAAAACCAUACCAGUGCAAGUAGAUAAAUAGGUACCACUGUGGCAGGAAGAUAAACAGCGUUUCCAUGUGCUUUGGCACUUGUCAUGGUUCUCCAUGCACCAGUAGCAGUUUAGUCAUGCUGGCCAUAUGACCCAGAAAGCUGUCUGUGGACAAACACCGGCUCCCUUAUCCUGAAGCGAGAUGAGCGAUGCACCUCAUAGUCACCUUUGACUGGACUUAACCAUCCAGGGGUUCUUUACCUUUCUACCUUACUGCCCCUGGCAAUAAUUAAUUGGAGCCAGGGCUCAUUGGUAAAUUAUAUGUUGUAUAUUUAGCAUGCUAGUGUACCUAUUGUCUAACAGCACAGUGUGAUAUACCGUAUUGGCCUGAAUAUAAGCUGCACUUUCCCCCCAAAGUGUGAAAAGUUGAAGUGCGGCUUAUAUUUGCAAUCUUAUGGUACCGCUGCUGAAACGCUGCCCAGGAGGGCAAUCAGGAGUGUGGGACAACGGUGCACCACCCUCCCACGACUCCCAAGCCUCCCCGAGCUGUCAAAAUGAAGGGGGAAGGUGGGGAAGCCGCCUGCAAAGUGGUCAGCUCCCCACCCCCCCAGGAAGCAGCCUGGGAGUGCAAUGGCACGCAGCCCACCCUCCGCUCCCAAGCUCCCCCGGCGCCGCCUUGGCGAGUGGAGCCCCGAGCGCCAGCGCCAGCUGCCCCCCUUUCAGGGUGGUAGAACCAGGAGGCAGGCCACACCUGCAAAUAAGCCUUGAAUUUUAAAAGUGCGGCUUAUUAGUGGGUGCAUGUUAUAUUUGGGCCAAUACGGUAAUAGCCAUUGAGUUCAAUGGAUCUUAUUCCCAUGUAAGUGGGUAUAAGAUUGCAAGCUAAAAGGACUUAUUUUUUUUGUAAUUGAGCAAGAAGCUUUUCCAAUACCAUUAUCACUGGUGCUUAUCAUUUUAUGGACCAAUGAAUUUAUUGUAACUGCUAUUAUGGCAAGAUGAUUUUAUGAUAUUGUGAACUUGCUACUCUUUUUUGUUUUGCGUGGCUAUAACGCUUUCUCUCAGGAGAAAAAAUAAUCAGUGUUCGUUGUAUGAAAAGUAUGGCACAUAUGAUUAUCAUACUAUGAUUUACUGGCCUGUUAAAUAUUCAAGGGUAAAGAAACAACUGUCUGUGCUUUUAUAGUUCUAUUUUUGUAACAAGUGUGAGGAACAACACGGCCACCUCCUAGCACCGCUUAAUGGUUUUGAUCUGAAACGAAGACAACAAAAUCUCUCGUAUAGCAAAGUUUUUGUGUUCCACAGAGAUUCCUAAUGGGGAAGGGCCAUAGGACAGUGGGUAGAAUACACAAAAAGUGGUCCAAGGUUCAAUCCCCAGAAUCUCCUUGAUAGGACUGGGAAUGUCUCCUGUUUGAAACCCUGAAGAGCCACUGGCUGUGCUAAGCUAGAUGGCCUAAGGGUCUGACUUCAUAGAAGUUUGUUGCCUCAGAGUUAACAGAGAUGCAGUUUGCACCUAAAGUCUUGUUAAAGGAAGGCACCAAAAUACCUUUGCUAGUGCAAGCCUGCAGUGAGACCAAGGUGUUGAGGAAGCCCUAGACCCAAGAACAGCUGCAAACCAUCCUUCAAAUAAGAUCUUACAAAAUGUCAACCAGGUGUUAGUUGAGUGCUCCGGAAAGGAGAUACUGUGCCAUAUUUGAGGAGAGAUCAGAUAGCAAUAUAUAGCUUCUGCUCUGUUCCUCGCCACAAAGAGGAGUCCCAGGAAAACCUGUUGUCCUCCAGAUGUUUUUAGACUCGCAACUCCCAUUAGCCCCAGCCAGCAUGGCCAAUGAUCAGGAUGAUAGAAAUUGCAUUCCAGCAGCAUCUGGAGGGAAGCAGGUUCCCGAUUCCUGACUAAAUGGGAACUGCCUGGGAAGGGACUACAUGAGAGGAUGUAGACUACAGUGAAAGCUUGGGAUCUAACUGCAAAAAUCUUUGGACUGGGGAACAAAGCAGGCAGUGACUGCAGAUAACAUCCAGCAGAGAAUCUGCUAGCCAUAUGUGAGAUUCCGAAGGCCCGAUGAAAGCAGAAACUUGGGAUACUAAAUCUAAUGUGUAUGCAUGUAAGGAUCAUGUCUGUUCUGAAUGCAUAUGAUCCUAAGACUACUGGAAUGAAUUCUUAUGGUUUAGUUGCUGUCAUUCUUCUCCACUGAACAUUCAGCAUCGUAAGCCUGUCCUGCUGUGCUGACUGAUGUACAUUUUGAUAGUUGUACAGAAGACAGAGAUAGGAAAGCCAGAUGUCUUUUAAAAACUAAUUGGACACUAGCUAUAUUCAAAGCUUUGCCUACUCAUGCAGACCUUCCUUCAGUAUCAUGUUCCAAUGUAUGUGCUGAGGAUGUACAAAUGGCAACUAACUAACUAACCAGAACGACAAGAGAUAUCCCUGAAUAUACACUAUAAACAUAUGGCACAAGAAGUCAAGAUAAAAAGUUGUAAAUAAUAUGGUGUGGUGUCUACCUUUAUAGAAAGUAAACCUAAUGGCUAUAAUGCUAAAAAUGCAUUUGUAACGCUUAUACAAAACAUAUGAAAGGAGUUAAAUCUGACUUUAUCAUGAAUAUGAAAAGUAGAAACCAGCAUACAAAAAUAUCUGCAAGUGUAGGAAGCGCAACCAUGCACAGCACCAAACAGUUCAGUAAAUUCAGAUGGAAUAUAUUAAAAACAUUACAAUCAGUAAGAUAUAAUCCAUAUUUUUGGUGAAGUUCUGUGAUCGCCUGGAAUGCUAGAUGCAUUUUGGCAUGGUCACCCUUCCUCAGUGACAUUUAUUUAUGUAUAGAAGUUCCUUAUGCAUCAGUUCUGAACACCAAAAAUAGUUGACAAAGUAAUAAUAAUAAACAAUUUAACCAUAUGGCUGUAAUUCCUGAUAUUGAGCUCACCAGAGUCUUAAGACAUCUCUUGCUAAUGUUUUGGUAAAUAGUUGAUAUCUCCAGUCUGCAAGAAUUUGCAACAUUAAGAACAAUUUAUUUAAAAAUGUAUUAAAAUGUAACUCAAAGUAAUUAUAUAAUCAUACUGAAAAAUGUAAACACAUCAAUAUUCAAAUAUGGAAAUGGUAUGGAACAAUCAGUGUAAGAACUAUGAGAAGGAAUAGGUUGGAAAAUGUCUUUGAUGAUCUGAAGAUUCCACAGCAUUCAGAUAGUCUUAAUUUUAAAUGGUGCCAUAGGCCUUUGAGAAGAAAAACAUGAUUUUUAAGCUGUUUUGUGGCACUGUGUGGAAUUUGGUAGAAGAAACAUAAUUUUACUGAAAUUCUUUCUGCAUAAUAGCUGGCAAUAGAAUGCAUUGCAUAUACACAGGCAUCAAACAUUACAGGUUGGAUAAUAACCAUGUCCCUUCUCAAAGAGACUCAUGCUCCUCUGCAACAAAGCAGUGUUUGAGGAACCUCUUCGUGCAAUGAUGAGUCAAUGAAUGAACAUUUAUUUUAGGAACUGCCAAACUUAAUACCUAAAUCAACCAUGUUUAUGGGGAUUCAGUCUUUCUGCUGUUGAAUAGCAAUUUUUAUUUUAUUUCUAGGUCCUGGAUGAUAUUUUUAGUAACCCACACACCUCUCCCCCUUCCCCACCCCCACCCCAUGUUUUAAAGACCCAAUGCACUGUCCAAAGAGAAAAUUCAGCGCUUUGUAGGGUACAGUGUUGGCAUGCUGAAAAGUAUGCCUUUCAGAGCCAUAUCUAUCUGAAGGAAAGUUGAGUUCAGAUCAUUUAGAGAUCAUGCUGCAGUCAGCAGCCUUAAUGCUUUAUUUGCGCAGUCUUUGGAGUCCUGCUCCAAGAACCGUUGUGCAAACAACAGAGAUAGCACUACAGCAGUCUUGCAAAUAAAGCCACAUAAUUUGUUAGCCCACAAAAAUCUUUGCUAGCUACACGUGCCUGUCGUACAGCACAAUUCCAUGUAUGUUGACAGAAGAUUAAGCCCCACUGAGUUUGAAGGAGCUUCCUGUAAAGAAAAUGUACAUAGGAUUUCAGCCUGCAUCAAGUAGCCAAAGGUUGAAAACCAUCAAGUUCUUUAAAGCAUUUUGGCCAUGUUUUCCUGGCCUGGGUAUAAAUCCGUGCUUGCCGCUUGCAGCAUUCCUCACUAGGAUGCUUUUAUGUUUCUUUCUCUGUCUCCCGUUUAUAACGUGUAUCCAUGUCUGUCCAUGCUUUUAAACAAGCAACUUUGCCACAUUUUUGUAUAAUAACCUCUCUCUCUACCCCGCUCCCCUGCAUAUUUAGCCUUCAGAUCUUCGGCAAUGCUAUCCUACACAGGUUCUGUUGAGAUCAGCAGAGCCUAUCCCUGGGUGCACGUUUAUAAGAUUGCGGCCUUACGCUCAGAUCCUGCAAAUAUAUAUGACAAUAUGUAUUCCAGGUGCAGCAGGGCAAAACUGAAGCAUGGGUCUCAGCAGUGCAUCGGUGCAAGCUCUGCCUAACACCAUUGCUCUACUUCAGUGAGGGUGGUCUUAGCCAGCACAAAUACCAAUGCCAGUAAUGAUAUCCUGAGCUUGUCUAACAUACCAGGGUAGUGGCUCAUGGGAUCACAAAGUAUUAAACAUCUCUUCUCAUUGUGUACUGAAAUUACACAUUGCAGUGCCAUAGGAAAUAGACUUAGGAAAAUGAAUUGUUUGGGCAGGAUAAUAGACAACAUAUGGCCAAAAUCCUUUUUCUGCCCCUGCUGUUUGAAAUCCUCUGAACUAUUGUUUAAUCUUAUUGAGGACAUGGGUGGAAAUCCAAACAUAUCAGUAUGCCACAGCAGACUCCUUGUUAAAAUUAGUAGCUCAAGCAAAAACAAAACAAGUUGAAUAAUUUCAUUAGUGCCAUGAGUGAUGUCAGCCAUAAAUUAAAACUGACAGGCCAUAAUAGCAGUAUACUGACGAGGGCUGGAAACCUUCACUGCCAAGUAUUUGAUUGGCUGUCAUUUCCCUCUGUUACAAUGCUUUGAGUUCUCCUGCAAAAUAGCCUGAACUCAUAAUUAACAGAUAUUUAAAUGAGGCAGUGGAGCAUACGCUAGAUGGCCUUGAUUUAGACAGCUUCACUAAUCUGGAACUCCAUUCAGAGAGUAGCUGCUUGUUUAAAGAUACUAUCUCAAUGGCUUGUGCUCUUGUUCCUUGUUCUUUGAAAUCAAGGCAAAGAUGUUUCUGAUAUCAUCAAGGUAAUAAUUAGUUGUGGCAUGUACUAAGGAGUAAUAUUUUCUCCAUCUUAAUUCUAUUGAGAUCUGUUUUAGGAUAUCACAACUGUGCUGCAGUAUUUAUGUUAAUUAGUAGCCCCAUGCUAAAAAGUCAUGUGGUACUAUGAACAUUUCAAGAUCGGAGAUAUUGCUCUUGUCCUCACCUGAAAUAAAAUUUCUUUUGCAGAUUUGCAAAGUAAUUUUAGGGACACCAAUUUACUUCGCUUUGUGCUAGCAGUGGCAUCCAGGCCAACUUCCAAGGCAGCCCCAACUUGUAGGAAAUAUUGCUGAAUCUGCUAGUGUUAGCUAAUUGUUGAGCCAAGGGUGAUUUGACGUUUGCUUAGUUCAAAUAAUAUCUCUAGCCUAAGCCAUGAAGACAAAUUACAAAAUCAGGCAAGUUUAGUAAAUAUUAGGAUUUAAUUAGAACUUGUAUGUUAUUACUGGAUUAUAAGACAGUCUCAAUGUGCAUUAGAAAAGGGGUUUAAUUAGUGUUCGUGUGUAAAGGCUGUGUGUCAGACUUUGAGAAUGUAACCAAGAUCCACAUGUAUUUGAAAGUGUGUACAGUUGUACCUUGGUUUUUGAACACAAUGUGUUCCAGAAGUCCGUUCGACUUCCGAAACAUUCAGAAACCAAGGUGCAGCUUCCGAUUGGCUUCCGAUUGCACAGGCGCACAGGAAACAAUAGCGGAAGCUGCAUUGGACGUUUGGCCCCAGCUAGAAUGGCUAGUGGUCAUGGGUGAUAGGACUUGCAAUCCAGCAACAUCUGGAGGGUUGUAGGUUGCCCAUUCCUGGUUUAUGGCUUACUGUGUCAUGAAAACAUUGACCAUUAUUUUAUUUAGCUACAUUUACAGUGUGGAUAUUUGUACAUGUAACUUGAUUCCGUAACUUGGUCCAAAGGUGACAGACAUCUUUUCUGUGUGGUGUAGUGGUUAAGAGCGGUAGAUUCGUAAUCUGGGGAACCGGGUUUGUGUCUCCGCUCUUCCACAUGCAGCUGCUGGGUGACCUUGGGCUAGUCACACUUCUUUGAAGUCUCUCAGCCCCACUAACCUCACAGAGUGUUUGUUGUGGAGGAGGAAGGGAAAGUAGAAUGUUAGCCGCUUUGAGACUCCUUCAGGUAGUGAUAAAGCGGGAUAUCAAAUCCAAACUCUUCUUCUUCUUUUCCUUUGAGCCAGAAGCCUCAGCCUUUGAUCCAUGUCUAACAGUAGAUCAGUUCUUCUUAGAUGCAGCAUAUCUCUUAUUGAUUUAGACAAAGUUUGUAAAAUAUAGAUGGACAUCAUAAGCAGCAUACUUAAUUUACCUUUGGCGGAUGACUGCCAGCUUGUGUUUGUGUUUUUCACAAAUAUGAGCAUCUCUUCAUGGCAAGCAUAUAUUGUACAAGUACAGUGCACUGUUUUGCAGUUAUUCAGCAGACUACGCCUUUUAGUGUGCUUUGGUGUAGAAAGGUAGAGAAAAAAUACAUCCAUAAUUAAACCACCAUUUCCUGGUUCAGUUGAAAGAGAAACUGUGGUUUAAACUAACGCUAACAGAAUCCUCAAAGCCCACAUGCAAGGGAUGAUGGGAGAGCACUGUUCCUUUUCAUCAUAAUUUAUUUCUUAUAAAAAUGCCUAGACUGCUGAACAUUUAAAAAAAGAAUUAAGAGGUAUACAGUAAAACAUAGGACAAAAUGCAGCAUAAUAUAAAAGGAUGCUGCUGGUUUACUGGUUUUAUACCAACAGAGGUGCAAAAAUCUCAAACCCUUGGAGACCGGAAAUACCUGAGCAAAAACAUUUUUAGGAAGCGCCUAAAACAAAUAAUUAAUGGUGCCUUCCCAAUUAAAAAGGGGGAAGGAUAUUUCAGGCUGCGGGUUCAACAACUGCUUCUAGGUGAGGGUCCCAGCUCUAACCUAACCCUAACUUAGGGUCCUGUUCUCUGCUGAACGUACACAGAAAACCCUGUUUGGUAGGAUAACACUGGUUAAAAUGAGAAUGAAUAAGAGGUCAGCUGCUGAGAAAGAGGGCAUGUGUUGCAGAAGGGAAGCUGGAAAGGGUGGAAGGGCAUAGUAAGAGUGUGAACUAAUUCUUUCUUUUAGGUUAUCUUUCAUGUUACAGCCUGAACGUUCAGGGUGCAGAACAUCAAUUCCAUAUGGCAAUGCUCCAUACAGCAGCCAAACCAUGAGGAAAAUAUUCUUGUGUGGAAUACGACAAUAUGGAAACAAUUUUUAGAAGUCUGCUGGUGUGGGGGGGCAGUGGGGGCCCCAUAGUGGCUAUUCACUCCUACAAAUGAAUGCUGCUUCAGAACAACGUGUCUAACAGCUAUCCUAACCUCCAGAUAUUGAGGCUGGAGAGGAUUAGAAUUGAGUGGAAGUGUCUCUCUGCCAGCAGAGAAGCACUGUACUAAGAGGAGGAGCAAAUCCAAUGUGGAGGCUCCUGCUAAGUCUAUGGAAAGUUCUACAGGUGUAGAUCACCACCCGUAGUGAUCUUGCCAGCAGUAGUAACCACUGUUAGCCCCCUAAAUAUGGUAUUCUGUGUACAUUUAGCAGAGGACAGGACCAAGGUGACCUUGUUUCUAAAGCACCCCAGGAUUAGACCUUCUUUUCGCCAGCCUAGAAUGGUCAUAUAUUUUUUAAAAAAUAAGAACUGCCAGGGGAGAAAGUUGCGUUUAUAAGAGGUGCAUUGACCCCAAUAGAUUGAGUAUGUCCCCAACUCAGAAAGUACUGGUAUAUUAUGUCUUGGUCACUUUUUUAAAACAUAGAGUUGGCAUCUAGGCAUAAACUAUACCAGAUUUUUAAAGGUGGUGAGGAGGGCUGGUAAAUUCUUCUCUGCCAUAAUAGGAAAAUAUUUUGCUUUGUGAGAUGAAACAUUGAAAAAGGAACUAUAUUUUAGGCUUUAGUAAGGCUAAUCGAGGGUGCUUUGCUUCAUUUUCUCCUACAUUUCCCUUGAUUUGGCAAAAGCAAAGCAAGAGAAUCGUGCAGCCCGUGUGUUUGGCAUCUGUACUACAUAAACAUACAAUCUAUUUUUGGCGCUCUCUUGAUCAUCUGCAUUGAAGAAACAUGAAAAUACUUUAGAUGGAAUUUGGCUCUUGCUGUAUAUCCCUGUUCGGGAGAGAGGGAAGAAAUGCCCUUUUCUAUUUAAGUUGCAGUUGUAUUUCCAAUGAUGUUGGAUUUUUUAGAAGUUUAAAUACUGUUACUCACAUUGGUUAAUCUUAAAGUUAUUUCUCAGUUCCUUGUACAAAUGUAGGAUCCAUUCAUCAAGUUGCUGAGAAUCCAGAAAAAAGUUCACAUUUUUAAAUUGAAGAUUAUUUACAUAAACAAAAUUGUCCUUAGUCCAUUUUGUGACACAAAAUCCUAAUGCAAGAAUAUUACAUUACUUGUCCCAUCCGAAAAAUAAAUAAAAAAUAGUAAUAAUUUUGAUGUCAUCAUGCUGAAGGUUUCUGAAUCUUACCUAAGGACUUUGCCCUUUGCUCUUCACAUUUACUCUACAGUGGUACCUCGGGUUAAGUACUUAAUUCAUUCCGGAGGUCCGUUCUUAACCUGAAACUGUUCUUAACCUGAAGCACCACUUUAGCUAAUGGGGCCUCCCGCUGCCGCCGCGCCGCUGGAGCACAAUUUCUGUUCUUAUCCUGAAGCAAAGUUCUUAACCCGAGGUACUAUUUCUGGGUUAGCGGAGUCUGUAACCUGAAGCGGAUGUAACCUGAGGUACCACUGUAUUACAAAUAUUUGACAUUAUAUAAGUUUAUGAGAUUGGUUUUACUGAGGAUGCCUUAUCCUUGUUCCAGAUUAAUUUAUUGAAGAUUAGGCUGAAAUAAUGUAAAAUAAAAAUUGCUAAAUCCAUAGGUUAGGCUAUGCAACUUCCUCAAAUCCUUUCCUUGGUAUCCCUUCUCCUCCUGUUUCCAGUAUGCACUCCUCCAAAAAGUGACUAACUACUAUGGUAAAUGGAUUGCCGUUUGGCAAAUGGUAUAUGCUGUCUUGGUAUGUAGUAUGUAGUACAAAUUGCGGAGCUGCUUCCCCCUCCAAACCGGGUAUGCACAAACAAGAAGGUGGGAAGAAAUCUGUCAUAAAUGUAGCUAGAGCUAUAAGACAAUAUUUCACAAAGACAGGAAUCUAAAAUAACAGUGGUGGGUGAUGGACAGCCUUCCACCAAGCCAGCCCACUGGUCCAUCUUGCUCAUUACUGUCUAUGCUGCCUUGCAACUGUUCCCCAUGUUUUCAGACUGGGAAAGUUCUGGAGAUACCAGGGACUGCACACAGGACCUUCUGCCUUCAAACCAGAUGCUCUACCGCUUAGCUGUGGUCCUUUCCUAAAAAUAGCAACCAACUGGAAUCAGUUGUGAAAACUUCAAAGACGUAUUAAAAACAAAGAGGUAUUAAAAGCAAAAAAUGAAGACGUUGAAAGGGUUGUCGGCAGGUUAAAAAGUAUUGAGUUCAGUUCCUUUUUGUUCAUUGCUGUGGUUUAUAAUUGGAUUAUUUAUUAUCUCAGUUCUUCUGGUGUUAGAAGAAAAGGGAGUUCUGCAAAUACUGCUGUUUGUAGCAUUCAUUUGCAGAAGCUUCUUCUUCUUCUUCAUGAAUUUCAUCCACAAAAUGCUCUGUAUUUGCAUCUGGACACUCCCACCAACCUCGCUGGGGUAGGUAUUGCCAUGGCUAGAGACAGUGUUUGGUGGUGUAAAGAUUGUGCCACCAAAGCUUUAUUGAACAGUAGAUUUAGUGGUGAUUCAGUAGAUCAGUUUUGCUUGCUCAUCCAACAGAACUGAUCAAUUUGUCAUCAUUUCAGAUAGAGAAGUUUUCCUGCAGGUCAUAUUAGCUGGUGACGCUGUCUGAUAAGGGAGUGGAGGAAUGAUGUGCACCAGCAAUUGCAUCUGUUAUGUCUUCUUUAGCUGACACAAGAGUGAGUCAACUGGAGCUAGUAUUUACUCAGCUGUUUGUCCUGCCCUUGUCCCAAGGAGGUGCCCACCAGGAGCAAGACAAGCUGCAUGUCACAGUACCAAGGAGAGCAGCUGGUGUGAGCAACUUUGUCCAAGGAGAACUAGUGGUGAACUGAGGCCUUUUGAACUGAGAUCUCCUAUCUGCCUCUGUCCCCUUUUUUGGCUAACUGCAGAUUUUUACAGAACUAAUUCUCUGCUUGAAGAUGAAUGCUCACUAAAUGGCCUUCUGCCUAGUGGAAUGCCUGCAUCAUUGGAUUUGCAAAAUAGAAUGUGGGAGGCACUCACUUUCUCAGGCCCAAGGAAACCCACCUAUGAAAGUCCUUGCUCUGGUUCUGUGGCUCCAGGUAUUGUGGGGUCUGGUUAAACAGUUUCUUGACAGGCAAGCCGGGGUUCAAUGCCCUGAUAUCAGGGCUCAGAGCCAGGAAUGUAGACUACCUCCUCAGCUGGUGCCAUUGUAGUGUCUAAAUUGGUCUCUAAAUCUGGUUACUGCUGGACUCUGAGGUCAUAACACUAUGAGUGCUACAGCUUCUUCCUGACUGUGAUGCAAUGUUGUCAAGAUUGUGAUAGCUGAUUUCUAAUUGUAGGAGUUGUUCAGUCAUAGAACUUACUUGCGAUGGUGUACCUAGUUGUCUUUUUACCUCUUUUACCUCUGAGUCUAUGCUGAACAAGACUGUACUCCCUAAUCGUUAAAUUUGCUACCCUAUAAAUGAACCUGCUUUGAUUGUGGCUUGUGAUCAUUAGUAUUGAGAGGUAUUUCAAGUUCAUUCACAUAAAGGGAUGGUGCUUGAAUAAAAGUGAAGUCAAAAGUAGGUUAACUAUGCCAUGAAAAGACAAAAUUAGAUUUUAAUAAAUCCUAUUGUAAUCUAUUGUUCUCCUUUUCAGGAAAAGCCACCUGGGUAAUUAGGCUUUUGUAGGAGAGGGAAUGCUGCAGUAAGUCGCUCCACCCUUAGAAGCAAUUGUCACAAUUUGCCACAAUAACACAAUAAUGGGGGCACAGAGUGUUUCUAGAGGAGAAAGAGUGGAAGAUGGAUGUUUUAAUUUCUCUAGCACCCAGUGUGCAUACUCUCUACCUCAACACUUUGCUCUCAGCCAGGCUUAUUUCCUGGUUUUUAGCCUAAUUGUGUGUGUGCUUAUAAAUAAACUAUUAAAACCACUUAAGCAGUAUUUUGAUGGCUGAAUUGAUGGGCAGGAGGAGGGUUAAACACACCCUCACAUCCCAUUAACAUUAGGGAAGAAACAUUGGGUUGGGAAAUUCUCCCCAAUCUAACAUGCCAUUCUGCCCUUUAAGUACAGGCAUUGUAAUUUUUUUUGUACAAGCUGGAAAAGGUUUGUGUACUUUUUUCUUCCUUUAUUGCUCUAAUACACCAUUUCUUCUAUAUAGUUUUUAUUUUUUAAUGUGUGAAUAAUAUGAUAUAGUACAAGCAGGAGAGGGUAAGGGGAAUGUGGCUUGUCAGGAUUUUUUUAAAAACGAUGCUUUUAAAGGAGUCUUGUAUUUCUAUCUAAUGCUGGAGAAUGAGCUGAGGGUGUCCGGUGAAAUAGCAAACAAUAGCAUUCCAUUAAUACCACGCUCUGAAAUGCUCUAUCUAAUGUGGUAGCACAUUCAGCCUUCCUGACACAUCACACUUGUCAGAUUUUAAUAGGAUGGAAGGGGUUCUCAUUUGGGAUGAACAAGAACUCCAAUUACAUUCUGCUUCCAUUCCAAUUACAGUAGUCUGGGUGAGUGUGUGAGAUGUCAAUUAAGUGUGCCCCAUUAAAAUGAGUCUGCUUUGCACUGCCUAGUGUCAUUGUGUGGAUUUCAAUGUCACACUACAGUUUAAGGCCUUUUGUGCAGCACUGGGUCAGAGUACAUUGAUUCGAGCUACUUAGCUAGUAUGGAGAGGGACACACCUUUGUGACCCAGAACUCACUCUUCCUGAACAUAAUAGUCACAGAGUCAUUUUAUUCUUUAUACAUUUUGUACUUUCAUAUUGUCAGAGAUUGGUUUUCUCAAUUUAUAUUUUAUUUCAGUCUGAUACAUUAACAGGGUUUAGAUUUUAAUUCUUAUUUCCAGCCCCCAAUCCCCUACUCCUCCCAUGGCACACUUGUAAAGACAUAAAUGUCUUGCCUUAACUGGGGAUCCUGUUGCAGUCAUAAAGCUGUUCUGUGGGCCCUUUGUAGUAUUAUUGCAAAGGUGACCUUCUGCCCUUCUAAGCUAUGACAAGUUCUAUUUUCAGGAGCGCAAGUGUUUGACACCAGAAUGUGCAUAGCCCAUCUGAACAACAACAAACAACUUGAAUUGAGACAAAACUGAACACUAUAAUUUCAUGAUGGUGGCAGAUUUGUUCAAAACCACAAUCUGUUGAGUUUGGUUUUUGUGUUUUGUUUUAUUUUAAAAAAAGCUUUAGAGAAGGAAAACCCUGCACUGAAAGAGGAAGUAGCAUUUCAGGAGAUGCUCGAGCUUUAAUUCCAGAUUAAGCUUUGCUGUCGGAAUGCCAGUGCACUCACUUCCUAACCAUAAAAAGAUCCCAGCUCCUCACUUUAGUUGAUUGCUGGAAUGGAAAGGCAAGCUUGCCAUAGGGGGGAGAGAAUAAAGUGCUAGAGAUUAGAGCAAUUUGAACUGAUAGCGAAUGAAGACAUGCAUUUGCGUCAGAUUAAUUCCCAUUCUUAAGAGAUUAAAGUGUGUCCAUGUGGGAAGGUCUCUCUCUCUCUCUCUCUCUCUCUCACACACACACACACACACACACUUUUGAAUACUGUAUAUAUUACUUCUAGGGUUUUAAAGUCAAGCUGUCUUUUAAAGUCAAGAAGUGGAUUCUUCUUCCACCAUCAUUGGUUGUGCUCUACUGACAUUGUCCUUUUUCUGCCAAGCAAAGUAGACGACAUUAGAAGCGAUGGACAUUUUGAAGCAGGGAAUUACGGUAAUCUCUGAGCAGAGCAAGAUUCCAGGAGUUCCAGGCGCUUACCCAGGGUUUGCGUUUCCUUUGGAAUUAGGGACAGAGGAGACUGUCAUGUCUCUGUAAUACAUGGUUUAUUUACCUAUGACGGAGGGGUUCACAGCAUUAACUCCCCAAGAGGGUCUUGCUUCACUCAGAGCCACAGCCUUGGAUUCCAACAGAAAUCAGACAUGGCUCUGUCUCCCAGCUGCCCAGCCUGCAGCCUGCCAGCUUCUACCUUGUAGCUCACAUGACACUCAACUCUGACUUUUGUAUUAAGGGGGGGGCACUCAUUUGCUAUCUGGCACACAGCCACUAGCUUUGUUACCUUAAUGACCCAUACUUAGAAGGGGGUAUUACCAAUAAACUUGUCUGGCUAUUUCAACAAUUUGAACCCUUGCUUACCGUAUUUUUCGUCCCAUAGGACGCUCCGUCCCAUAGGACGCACCUACUUUUUUGGUGGGGAAAUAAAGGAAAAAUUUUUUCCCUUUAUUUCCCCCCCCCCAAACCAGGUUGGGGAACAGUGGGAUGGCGGCGCUGCGCCUCCCCGCUGUCCCCCGAGCUUGUGGGGCUGGCCGAUGUCUGCCCGGCACGAGGGGCGCUCUGCUUCAGGGCGCUCCACGCGCCGGGCGGCAGGCUGCGGACACCUGCACAAAGCACGGGGCGUCCUCCGGAGGGCGCCCCGUGCUCCGCGCUGCAGGCUGCCGCUUGCAAGCCUUGCGCGCCCGGGGGAACGCCCGGGCCCGCAAGGCUUGCGGGUAGCUUCGUGGAGCCGGGAGAGCGAGAGGUGUUGGUGCGCACCGACGCCUCUCGCUCUCCAGGCUUCAGCGAAAGCCUGCAUUCGCCCCAUAGGACGCACACACAUUUCCUCUUCAUUUCUGGAGGGGAAAAAGUGCGUCCUAUAGGGCGAAAAAUACGGUAUAUUUUAACACUUGCUGGAUCGAGGAAUUAGAAGCAUCUCAGACAUACAGUGGUACCUCGGGUUAAGUAUUUAAUUCGUUCCGGAGGUCUGUACUUAACCUGAAACUGUUCUUAACCUGAAGCACCACUUUAGCUAAUGGGGCCUCCUGCUGCCGACGCGCCGACGGAGCCCGAUUUCUGUUCUUAUCCUGAAGCAAAGUUCUUAACCUGAAGCACUAUUUCUAGGUUAGCGGAGUGUGUAACCUGAAGCGUAUGUAACCUGAAGCGUAUGUAACCCAAGGUACCACUGUACAGCCUACCCGCCCCCCGGCAUACUCAUAGCACUAUGUUCCACCCCAGACCCUAAAUUAUGCCCUUUUGUUUCAUGCAUUCUUUAAUUUAAAAAUACUUCAUCCCUCAUAGCAUCCUUAAAAGACUUUUCAUUCUAAACUUCCAGUGUCCUAGGGCACAAAUAGUCAUUCCAAGCAAGGAUCACCAGCAUUUUGAUGGCUUUUGGUAGUCCCCAGCGUUAACCACCUCAUGUAGCAAAGACACCUACUGACACCCCUGGAGAACUGCUGUCUGUCAGAAUAGAUGGACUCAAUAGACCCGAUAGUCAUCCCUCAUUGUAAGAAUGCCAUAGUGAAGAUGAAAACCUGGUCCUUUAUGGGAGUGUGACCUCACCAAAACAGAUUGAAUAUCACCUUCCCAGUCAGAGAAACCACCUCCCAGCAGAACCUCCAUCUUGUCUAGACUGAGCUCCGGUUUAUUGUCCACUGAUUCUAGACAUUUUUUCAGCUCUCUCCCCACUCCCACCCCGCCACUGCAGUCCCUCUUUUCUUUGCUGGCUUAUGCCUGUUCUCAGGAUCCAGUUAGUGUUUAUUCUGUAGUCUCUUGAAGUUAUGAAUACAGUUCUCGCACACUCUUUAAUGCAGAUAAGAGCAUAAAAGGUUGCAAUCUGGACAGCUGCCGCCCCCAAUGGUUUCUGCACGUGCACUUUGACUUGUGUUUCUAGCAUAAGCUCUUCAUGUUGCAGCAGAAGCCACUUCAAAACUCCCUUGAAUUUCAAAAGCGUCUAUCAAGUGGCAUGUUGACCUGCUUCUAGGGUGAGAGACUUGAACACAAUUCUUGGUGUAUGCAGAUUUUACUUUACAACUUUAUGGAUCAUAUGCCAGGGUUUAACUGUAUUUUCUUCAGACUCAUAACUUAGAAAUGCAAUAAAUGUGCUCAUGAUUAACAGAGGUCCCCCCACCAUUUUUCAUUAAAGUAGGAAUUCUGGACUUGUUAGCUCAGUUCUGACAACAAAUAAGGAUAAUUUAUCCAUUACCUGAGCUCUUCUUGAAGCUAAAAUAUUGACUCAUUAACAAUAGUUUUGACAUAGCAUUGCCAAUUAGAAAGGAAGGAAUCUGGCUAUUUAAUGUGGGAUCGUUUAAAACUAAUGCUAUAUCAAGGGAAAGUAGCUAGUACCAUUCAGACAUUCAGUUCAACUGCUGCAUUUUGCACCAGCUCCAGCUUCUGGACCAGCCUCAAGGGCAGCCCUGCAUUGGGUGCAUUACAGUAAACCUGCCACCUAAAAGAUGGGAUGAAAAUCCUCAUAAUAAUUAUUAUUAUUUUAGAACCAGCAUAAAUGAAAGAACCUCAAGAAUUACUCUAAUUGCUGUGAUGUGGUAGUGGUUCCUUUUGUGGUUCUGCUCUGAAGUUCUACACAGAACAUAAUUCACCUGAGUGUUUCUGAAACAGGUACACAGAUGAAGAGGCAACACAGGAAUUGGAUGUCACUCACUGAGUUGUGUCACUCACUAAACUGGAAAAGUCUCACUAUCUGUAAAGCAGGCACAUCUGUGCACCUAAGAAGGCUGUAUGGCUUCUUAAUAUGGCAAUCCAUUUGGACAGAGGUCUUCUCAGCUCUUUGAGAAAUGCCUAUAACUGUAUCCAAGCAAUUUUGAAGCUGAAAUGGCCCUCUUUUCACAACAAUCUAAAAACAUUUACAAGCAAUUGCCCUUACUUUUAGUUGACUCUGCUAUAUUUGUUCACAAUAUAUUCUAAACUGUUCCACAUGAGAAAAGAACUUUGAAAAGUUGUAAGAUAUCCAAAAGUGAGCAUUCCAUCUUAUUUGUUCUUUAACUGUGCUCUGCAUUUUCUGGUAACCCUUUUUUAAAAAAAAUAGAGAGGCAAACAAAUCUACGAACAGAGAAUCAAGGAAUUGUUAUACUCAGGAGAUACCUCUAUAUAUGCACAGAAAGGGAGUGGAGAGUAAAUAUGGCAAAAGUAGAAGAAGCUGACUGCACGUCGGUACGAUAAUUCUAUAAUUGAUGUGUAUGUGUAUGAGAAAAGCUUCUGCUACUACACUUUAAUUGCCUUUGCUAAUGAGGACUCCUGGGUGGAUCUAAAUCUUAAGGGGUUUGCCAAAACUCUGUUUUGUGUUUGUUUAUAUACUGGUAAGAUUCAAAAUGCCCAUAGCUGUUCAGAAGUAAAUGAAAAUAAAAGUUAAAAUACUGGAAUGGAGUAAGGAUUGUUGGUCUUUAGCUUUGGAAGUUUGUGGAAGUAGCGGCAAACUUUUUUUUUUAAAAAAAAACACAACAGUUCUACAUGCAGAAGAUUAAGAAGGCUGAAAAAUCCCAUGCAUCUAAAACAAUGAUAGUUUUUAAAAAGUUAUUUACUUAGGCAUCACUGCACAUGGGGAAUUCACUUUUGGCACCUAGAAGUUAUUGUUUUUUUCCAUCAUUGAAAAUUAGGAUCAACUUGUACAUUUGCAACAGGGGAUGUACAUGAAGUUAUGCCAGCCACUGCAGCGUCCUAAACCCUGUGCAUCCCUCCACUUAUGUGGGGGUUACAUUCUAAGCCCUAAGUGCAUAAAUAAAAACCACGUAAGUCGGGAGCACCCUCUAAAAAGCCUAUAAAUGCCAAUCACCCCCCCACACACACACACUCUCCCUCUCCACACAACUUUCUCUUCAACUAGGGUUGAAGUUCUGGGGCCAGCUGGAACCUGGAAGACAUGCAGAAAAGCAGCUGCACUACCCUGCACAUCAGCUGUUAGGCGGGGAGGCUCAGCAGCUUAAACAAAGCCCGUUGCUCCUCUGGUCUCUUCCAGGUUUCCUCUGCCCUCACUGACAUCCUCUUCGAACUCUGAGGAGGGCCUCCUCGCGAACCACAAGGACUCUCUCCUGCCAUUUCCUGGUUUGAAUCUGUUUAUUUAUUUCCCAGCACUGCGUGUAUAUGCAGUCGAGCAUGAGUGGGGGGACACCUGUACUUCCCAGAGCUGCUUACUUGGAGGCACCAUCUAUGAUGGGGCACUGCUACAGAACAGCUUCUCUAGGUAGCUCAGCAUAACGCAGUAAGAUUAGUGCCAAAGGGAUGGUGGCUUCCUUUGGGUAUCCCCCCCUCCUCCACAGUUUUCUAGUCUGAAUUUGUGCUUCAGAAUUGCAGCCAAACAAUAAGCCUUUAGCCCUUUUGGUGAUCAGGAUGAUCUUGCAGCCAGCUACAUUGUUUCCAAGACAGUUGUGCCAGUUUCCUCUCUGAGAAUAGCUAUUUGUUGAAAUGUUUGGAUUUAAAGUAAGAUGACCCAGCAAAAAGUCUAGCAGUUCACAUGGCACAAACUCCUUGUUGUUAUUACACACACUUUCUCUUUUUGUAAACAGCUUUGAGGUUUGUUUGUUUGUUUGUUUGUUUGUUUGUUUGAAUCAAGCAUUAUAUUAACAACAACAAGAACAACAACGUCUCUUCACUCCCUUUGUCAAGGAUGAGGAUGGGAAACUUGUGGUCACCCAGAUGUUGUUGGACUCCCAACAGACCCAGUCAGCUUGGUUUGUUAUCAGGGAUGAUUGGAGUUGGAAUCCAACAACACAUAGGUAGAGGGCCACAGGCUUCACAUCCCUGUUCUAAGAUUUUCAAUUUGAGGUGCAAUUCCUCCACUGCAGCCAAAAUUUGAACUUUCUGUUGCUUGUCCAUCAUUUUUAUCCUUCAGACUCCGAUUUCAAAUGACUAUCUAAGCAGCAUAUAUAUCCUGAAGUAUAUUCUGGCACUUGUAUAGUUUCAGUGUCUGUAUCUUCAGGGAAUAUUUUUAAAAAGGUAUAUAUAUUAAAAACUGUGAGCUAGCCACAUUUGUAUAAAUAUACAGAAUUGGUGUCUCAGAAUAAGUAUGUUUAUGAAGUGCAUGAUAUUUUUAAUGAUAUUUGAGAAUGUUCUAAAUCAACAAUAAUCAGUGUUACCAAAUGUGGAAUUAUUGGUUGGUAAUUCUAAAAUGGUUGCUUCAGAGCAAACGGGACAUACAGUGCUCUUUCUUAGAACAACAGGUGGCUGUAUCAAGCUUCGAAUUUUCAUUUAAAUCUGUUUUCUUUUCAAAUGUAACCCUGUCAUAUGGCUGAUCCAUUUUGUAAUCUUUCAUCAUUCAUUAAAGGCUUUCAUGCGAAUUAUGGGAUGGCUAGAUAGGAUAAUUAGAUUGGUUGUUCAGAUUCACUUGUAACUGAGAGAGGCAGCAAUUAUACCGCUACCAGCGGACAAGCUUGUUUAAUAACACAGGUAUUGUGAUGAUUGAUAGAUUAACAUUUUCAUGGUUUAUUCAACAAAGCCAGUGUCUUAGUGCUACAGUAAGGAAUAUAUUCAUUCCUGAACAUAAUACGACUUCUAGUUAGCUGAGGAGAUCUGUUCAUAUUGAAAUGUAAAAUAAUUAGCUUUCAUUAUAAGAAUAUUGCACACCAAAAUGCCUGUAAGUGGUUCCUCAUUUCAUACGUAUGGAACACUGCAUCUAUUCUGUAGAUUUAACUGUAAUUGGCCUUUAUUUGCCAUUAAGAUGGGCUUAGAAUUAUUGAAGACACCCACACUUAUCAAAGUAUAUGCCUUUUCUAAUAAGAAACAUGUUAAUUACAAAGUUGCCAUUUAAAUACCCUGUGCAGUGCAGCCCCCUGUGAGAUUUUAGAGCAGAGUCCCUUUUGGCCCUUAGGAGCUCCUGUAGGGAAUUGGAUGCUUUUCUCACCUCAGAGCUCUAGGACAUUGGUAGGCAAACUAAGGCCCGGGGGUUGGAUUUGGCCCAAUUGCCUUCUAAAUCCAGUCUGUGGACGGUCUGGGAAUCAUUGUGUUUUUACAUGAGUAGAAUGUGUGCAUCUCUGGGUUAUUUGUGGGGCAUAUAGGAAUUCGUUCUUUUUUUCUUUUCCAAAAUAUCGUCCAGCCCCCCACAAGGUCUGAGGGACAGUGGACUGGCCCCCUGCUGAAAAAGUUUGCUGACCCCUGCUCUAGGAAGAGUGCUGUCUUUGAAGGUUAUUUCUUACUAUUAGUAACAUAAAGAUAAUGUUGGUUUUGCAAGAAGCACAACGGGCUUCUCCCGUUUACUGGUUUAUGACAAUGUUGGGUGCAUCAACGUGUUAGCUAGAAGAGUGUGCCAUUCACAUUAAUUAUGAAACAUGCAACAGUUGCCUGUCUGAAUCCCGUCCAUAUUGACGUGGAAGUAAAUCGUGUUUAGUUUAAGGAGACUUCCUCCCAGGUAAAUCUGCAUAAGACUGUGGCCUCAAUGACUGAACACAGCCAUUAGUAUCAGAUGCUGAUAUUUAAGGAUUCUGAAAUGCCCACUACUAACACAUAACAAAUCUGCACCUAUUCAUCUUUUUCUAUCUCCUGUACAGUAAUGAUAUUUUUAUGGUCUAUUACAAAGGGUUCGGAACACAGUAUGAUUCAUCCUCCAUCCUGUCUUUUGUCCCUUGUUAUGUAAUGUUCUCUGUACAUUGUGAACAGAGCAGGAUGCCCUUAUCUAGACAGCCCAGAUAUCUAAUAAAUCUACUAUAAUUUCUUACAGUGUUUUGAUGGCCUAUUUGGCAAGCUAUGUCCUAAAAACAGGACUAGGCCAUGCUUCGUAAAAAGAUAUUAAAACCUUCCUCUCUCUCUAAAAAAUAUAUAGUGUUUGCUUUACAUGAACAUGAAAGAAAGCUGAUUUAUUUCUCUACCAGUAUUUUCUUGUUAUGGAUACUACCAAAAUAAAUCCCAAAGGGUUUAUCCUGAGAGCCAACUUUGGCAGGUCAUAUGAUUGACAUGUGGGUUGUCCCACCCACCUGCCACAGUUGGCCAUGGGGGUGGGGGAAAUAAAGAUCUGGCCCACUUGCACUUGGCCAGGAAGAUUCCUCACCCCCAUCCACUGUAAAAUAAGCCUUGGCUGCUACUUGCGAAGUUUUCUUUUUUGAUGUUGAUGUGUUUCUUCCUUUUGAGCAUUGUGCAAGUGAUCACCUUGCCCAUGUUUUAAACUCUGCUCCCUGAUUAACUUUCCCCUCUUCCUCUGAGUGUUGAAAUUUCAGGGAGAUCUUCUAGGAUCAGCCUUGUUUGGGGAAGCCACUGGAGGUCUUGGUCUUUAAAGAAUAUCUGUUUAUUUAAAGAGACACAAUGCCCAUAGCCUGCAGCAGUGCUCUCCCCAAAACAACACAGUAGCACUCCUGGCUCAUCAAGACUCCCAGCCCAGAAGCCUCUUAGCUCCAGAACACCAAACUGCUUUUUCUGUUUCAUUGAUGGGUCAAAAUCAGGCCAUAAAUACUAUGCCUUGCAGUCAGAGCUCCUUUGGGCAAGCUGACUUUAGCCCAUAACUGUGACAGUUUCCAGAACACCAUAGUAGCUAACGAUCAGCUUAAUGAGCCUUUCUGACCACAGCACAUCAAGUCUACUGAGAGAAAUACUUGCAUAAGGCAGCAUGUCUGUAAUGAAAUUCUAGCCCAGGAAAUGGAUUGCAGUGGUGUACAUGGAUAUGUUUUGUUGAGGAUGUUAUGCUAGCAUUUGGGCAGCUGGGAAUAUAGUAGCAGUAAAGCUUGGCUUGGUGCAGAUGACUUGGAGGUAAUUGUAUGAGAUCUCCCUGUGAGACUCUGGACAAAACUUGCAUUCCCCCACCCCACCUCCAAACUGUGUGCCUGUACGUACUCCACUUCUUCUUAAAGAUCAUCAAAAAUAAUCUCACUUCUAGAGCCUCACUGUCUUAUUGUGAACAAAUGUGCUCUUGAUUUGUGUGCUCAUUCUCCCCCAGGGAGAAGCAGCAUUUUAAGUUGGCAUUCAUUGAUGAUAAGACUGCCUUGUGGAUAUCAUGCAGCCCUCUAACUUGGCAUCCUUGCUCUGCCAGAUAAGUAUUUUUUUGGUAACCUUCUAAUAUUUAUAUUUGAUUUCAUAGUUAGUGGGUAUCAACAGUACAUGCAAAGAGUGCUCCCGUAUUUACACCAGCCGCUGCUUUUUCUUGCCUUCCAGUCAAUUAAAAAUGUAGUGUCACCCUCGAAUCCAAAACGUGCCCAUCCAGAUCUCCUUUCUUUGAGGUUUUAGGGUUGCCAUAUUUCAGACAAUGAAAAUCCGGACAGAAAAGUUGUUGUUUUCAGUUGAAUAAAUAUUACAUAGAAUAAAUAUUACACAUUUAUACAACUUCACAUUCUACAAUUCAUGCGCUCAUUCUGGAACUGGUAUCAUAGUACAUACUUGCCCCAGCUUUGAUUUAUUCAAAAUAGUUGAUUUUACAUUUGUUCCCACUACAAAUCUGUAAACAAAAAAAAAAUUUUUUUUUAGAUGUGUAGGAAAACAUGGGAAAGCUUUUUACAUACAAUUAGUCCAAAUAAUUGUUAUACUGGACUAGUAUAACAUACUCUUUACAAGAAUUCAUGAAAGUCUUGACACUUCUUUCAUUCUCAAAUGCCACAGUAUAGUUAUUUUCAGGUGUUGUUCUGUGGAAGCAGAAGCACGUGACAAAUCUUAGGUAGAUUCUACUAUGGUGCUGGUUUUGACCUUUAAAGACCUAAGCAGCCUGAAUCCAGAAUAAUAUGUAGAGCGCGCAUACCCACAUUCCAUAUAAAUGCUUUUAGACAUUUUGGAAGAAAACACAUUUGUUAUUCCUGACUUUUGUAUAAACCUUCUGGUAUAAGCUGGAAUUGCUUUUUGAAUUGCAAUUUCAGUUAUUGCUUGCCAAUGCAAUUGUUUUUGUAUUAUUUUGAUGCUGCUUUUAUUGUCUUAUGGUUAUAAAACUCUUUGGAGAUUAUUUUCUGGGGAAGUAUUUUAAAUAUGACUUAAAUUUGGAGUGCAGGUGUAGCAGAGUCAAGUUUUUGGACUGACAUGUUCCAAAAAGUGUCACCCUCCAAACCCUUAACCUCACUAGCACUAGUCUCUUGUGGCAGCAGUCAGAAAAGGGGGUGUUGGGGACACCUACAAAAUGACAUCAGAUUAUCUUGCUAAUCUGUGUACAGAUUAUGGUGUAGAGUGAUCGCUGCGGAAAGUCUGUGCACUUUCUGGUGCCUGUGUUUGGCACUACUGCACCUCUUACAUCUGCAGGAGGAGGAAGCAGACUGUAAGGUAUAAGGCAACAAUGGAAAAGGAGGCUAACUGAAGACAACAACUCAGAUUUUGUUUUCUCUUUGGGCAGCAAAAAGGCUGCAGCUGAUCCAUCUUGUGCUAAUACUUUUACUUGUCCUUAUUGUGCUGUGAAACACUUUGCUUUCAAGCAGUUCCCCGCAUGUGGUAUACAGGUAACUUGCAUCUUAUGUAGGGGUUACAUUCCUGGCCAUUGCAUGUAUAAGCAACAUCACACAAAGCCGGAACAACCCCAAGGAAAUCAUUUAAAAUUGUUGCACCUACCAGUGAGGGACGAAUAUGACUUGUGUUCUUCUUCCUCUUCUCCCUCGCUGGAUAAUGCUUCAGAUGAUAUGAGAACAAGGGGGCUUGACUGGCAGCCAGAAGAUGUUCUUGGCUGUGGUUCAGAUCCAGAGCUGGGUUGCUUGGGCACGUCUGAUACUACUGUUGUUAUUGAUCCUUUGUGGGGAUCUUGGUGAUUGGCAGCUGCCACUGUUGUCUCUUGAGCUUGUCAAGCAUUUCCUUGUAUGGUCUCAGAGUUUCUGUAAGCUCACUGGUGAUCUUGAGGCCAUGUUCCAUGAAGGGGUCAAACUCCACAAUCAUAUCUUUUGCGUGCUUUAAGACUUGGGAAGAGCUAAGAAAAUUUCUGCAGGUUCCAGCUUGCAGGUUCAUGCUUACCUCCUCAUCUUCCUCCUUGCAUUCUGAACUUGAUCAGACCAGUUCCUCCUGCUCUUCAAGAGUCAACACCUGUUGGCCCUCAAUUAGCUCUUCCACUCUUCAUGGAUGAGGCCGGCAAAGCCAUCACCACCCAUUUGCCUGGCCAUCUGCACAAUGUCUUCCACCACAGUGGCACUGCUUGGAGAUCCCUUGAAAUCAUGCACACAUUCCUUCUACAAGUUCCGCCAGCAUGCACACAUAACUGCCUAUUGUCCCAAACUCUUGAUGCAAAUCUGUUGUUCAUAUCGUUCCCCUCAACAGAACAUGGUUAUCAACAAAAAGAAGCAUAUCUGUGGGAUGUUGCUUAGAGACAUGCAAUUUGGAACUGAGAAUCAAGCAUUUUGCUGUUCAAGAUUUCUUGCUGUUUUUUCUCUUCUUUUAGGCCAAAGCAUAUCUCUUCUCUCAAGAAGGCACAGUCAUCUGCCUGCUUUCAGGCUCUAUAGGCAUAGCAAUAUCUUUUACAUUGCAUUUUAUAUGAUGUAAACUGCCUUGUUAUAUCAUGUGAAAAGAUUGGGUUAUAAAUUUCAAAUAAAUAAACCCAUUGCCAUAAUUGUGCUGGGAAAAUAUACAAAGCUUUCUCUUUGUAUAUUCAUGAAAUAUACAGUCAUUUCUGCCAAAGAUCAAAUGAAGAACAGUAGCCAUUUUUUGCACUAAUCUUAUAUCAUCUGGCUAGCAUAUAAUUGACAGACACUGCGUGAUACUGUGGAUAAUAACAUUCACUUCCUUUCACACUGGCUAGCAGACAUUUGUUUUAACUUGUGAAUUUAGGCUGAGGCUGUUUAAUUGCUUAUGCUGCUUUGAUGCAGACAAGCUUCUGCUUUCCUUAGGCUAUUUUACAGAGAUAUCAGUGAACCAAUUCAGAGUGUACUCAAAAUAAUUGAAUAUUGCUUUAGAAAUAUGCAGCAACAAUGAGUCAAAUUUUAUUUAUUUAUUUUUUUAAAUGAACAAAUCAUUCAUUUUCACCCUAUCCAUAUCCUUUGGUACUGCAUACUUUAGAAUAUUUUGUUACAUUUUAAAAUAACACAUUUCCUUUUCCUUAAGGACACAAGUGAGAACAGAAUAUAUUGACAAAGAAGUGUGAAGGGAAGAAAUGAGAAUGAUCAGGAACUGUAAAAGGCAUACUAAAGGCUUUCUUGGAUGUAGGUAUAAAAAAACCAGCAACCGUUAUCUUGUAAUCACCAAAGUACUACUGAGGAGAAUCUGAGUAUUCUUUUUUAUUUCCUAUUAGCAGAGUGGAUAACACUUAGGAACAAGUACCGUUAUUUUUUUAAGUAUAAUUAGUUUUGGGGUUAGCUGUAGCUUUUAACUGAUACGAGAUCUUAUCUGUAGUUAAUAUUUCCUGUAUCUUAUUAUACUUUCCUGGAACAAUAGGUGGAUUUAUUUCUCCAUUUUUCUGCAGUUUGUAACUUUGCCCCUCCCCCUAAUUUUAGUAGUUACAAUCAGCAUGCAGUUCAGCUCCCCUUCCAGGCAAUAAUCCCCUGCUCACCCCCCUAAAGGGUGUAGGAACCUCCCCAAGGCAUUUCAUGAUGGGCUACUGCAAGCUGGGGGAAAUCUUCAUGUACCCGAGGCCAGGCUGGUGUGUUGUGGCUAGAGCAGUGAAAAGUCUGUUCAUAGACUUUGAUGAAAAAGCUCUGAAGGACUGAGGUAAAAUUCUACAGGGAUUUGCAAAAUCAAAGCAGAGUCUCAAAGUUUAAGCCUUAAGUAGAAUUCAAUAAGAUUGUUUCAUUAAAGCCAGGCGUGGAUUUAGAAAAAGAAAGAGAAACACAAUACAGGCAGUCUCUAGAGAAAUACUCAGGGUAAUCUGCCAGAAUUUUGAGGAGUAAAGUGUUCCUAAAGGCCAAAGAAGCAGCAUAUGGAAAAGCUUUUAAUGAUGUCUGAUAGCACUGUUAAUGCCUAGAUGUUUUAUGACAUUUUUAAUCUAACCAAAAUAAAUAACAGGAUCCUAAUUCAUUUCAUAUUGUUAAGUUCUCCUGCUGAUUGAUGGGUUGAAAUUCUUUAUUAGCAGGGGCUGGGGACUCAGGCACUCUUUCGCUGGACAUUUUCACCAUACGUUUUGGUUUGCCGCAGUGUCUGCAUACAAUUAAGGAAAGCCAGCCAGUUCUGAGUUCUUCGGGGCCUCUGCACAACUGACAUUGAUUACAGCAAAACGAGAAGAAAAUUCUUGGCCUCCCUGCACAAUGAUAAACACACUGGCUUAGUUCUGUGCUACGUUGGAAAGAUCACAGUCAGCUGCAUCUUGUCUGUGUCUGGUCUGCAUUUUGAAAGGAGUCCUAAUUAGCAUUCAAACAGGUUCAGUGGAGCUCUGUAGUAUUCUGUUAAUAUCUGAGUGGAAGGUUCCCAUUUUAAUUGCUUCAUAUUGUAGCCAGACAUUAAACGACCAGUGUAAAAAAAAAGGGGGGGAGGAACCCCUUUGGCUUUAAUUAUCCUGUUAAAUUGUUAAUGUGUCUGCAGCAUUGUGCAGUUUGUGGCCGAAGGAUGGGGUUAUAGUCUGAAUUAGUAUUUUCAAUAAGAGGGAGGGGGUUCUUCCAGAUAGGGACCUAAUAUUGCAAACGGGCUAUUAUGAUAACACGAAUGGGUAGUCAACAACAGAUUUUUGUAAUUUUUUCAUGGGAAGGGUAAAUAGGGAGACUUUUUGGAAGCUGGCUGUGGGUUGGCAUUUUGAUGUUGACUAUGUCAUGUGGAAGCACCAUAACUCCAUUUAAAAGUCAUAUGAAAGUACAGUGGUACCUCGGGUUACAUAUGCUUCAGGUUACAGACAUUUCAGGUUACAGACUCCGCUAACCCAGAAAUAGUGCUUCAGGUUAAGAACUUUGCUUCAGGAUGAGAAUAGAAAUCGUGCUCCGGCAGCGUGGUGACAGCAGGAGGCCCCAUUGGCUAAAGUGCUUCAGGUUAAGAACAGUUUCAGGUUAAGAACGGACCUCCAGAACAAAUUAAGUACUUAACCUGAGGUACCACUGUAUUGCACUCAUUGCACAGAUUAUAUAUGGAUUCAAAGUGAGUUGGGAAAGUAAUGGAAAAGGAGAAAAGGAUAAUGGAAGAAUGACUUCAAUUUUUUUAAAGGGAAAACUUAACUACCUAGAAGAGAAGAUGUCCACUGACAUUUCAUAGUUGACAAAACAGAGUCAUUUAAUCAUCAUCAUCAUACAUUGUAUUUAUGUUGAUUAGGAUAUUUAAUUUGUUUUUCAUUAUUUAUCUUUUAUAUUUUUGAUAGUGAAAAUUGGAAAUACUUGAGUACUUUUUAAACCCUGAUUUUCACACUGGGGAUUGCUGGCUAGGCUAGAAUUGCCACCAGUCCCAGCCAGCAUGGCCAAUUAUUAGAUAUGAAAUGUCUGUGAGGGUACCAGGUUGGGGAAGAUUGGCCUACGCCGAUGCCCCCAUCUCCAUAAUUGUACAUGGGCAUAUCUACCUGUUAUGUGUUGCAUUUUACCAGUGCGGAGAUCCUUAUCCCCCAUAGUUUAUUCCCUCUUUAAAGCUAUCAUUUGCUACUAAUCGUGAUGACUAUAUGUUACCAGCAGGAUCAGAUGCAGCAUGUCUCUGAAUACCAGCUGAUGGGGAAUUGGCUACUUAACUGAGUGAGGCCUUGCUUAUGAACUUCCCAGGGGUGUAUGGCUGGCCAUUGCAGGAAGCUGGAUGCAGGAUCAGUCUUUGGGCUGAUCCAGCAGGGCGAUAAGAAGCUUUUAUACAUAAACUUCUUUUUACCUUUUUAUGGGGGGGGGUUAAUUCAUGGUUUUAAAUAACCUGUGUCCCAUGGCAAAUAGAACCUCUAUGUGAUCAGACAAUGAUGUUUUUGGAAAUGAAGGUUUUCAGCUGAGGAACUGCCUGGAAUUAGGUGGGUGGUUGCCGGGGGUCUCUUUUAUGAUUAUGAGCAGGUUUGUAGAGCUCCUUUCCCAGACAAUUGUUGCCUGGUGCUGGCACUGCUAUUCUUUGAGUGCCACAUUAAAUCCGUCCUGUCCUCCCAACCUCCUGGUGGUUUACAAAAUCUAUUUGCUUAUUUAAUUUUAACAGCUGCUGCUAUUGCUGUUUUUAUGUGUUUAGGCUUCUGUGUCAUACUGCUUUCAGGUUUGCUUUCUAUAGCAUUUUCCCGAGUCCGGGGGUGGGGGGCAGUGUUGUUAUUAUUGUAGUGAUGAUGAUGAUGAUGAUGAUGAUGAUUUUGUUUUUGUUUUUAAAUUGAGUUCUCAGUUGCCUUUGAGACCCAAUGCAGUAGAAAGGUAAGAUCAGAUAUAUAUUAAAAAACUGGAAGGAAUAUGAAUAUCGUCAAUCAAUACAUGUGGGGAAAAGAUAGGUCUAUUUCUAUAUUGCUUUGGUUAUCAGUGACUGACAAUAGUUACAUGUGAGUGGGCUAGUUAUUAUUUUUAAGCUUAUUCUGCAAGGCAGUUUUUGCUGAAUCCAAAUAUGAUUUAGAGAAGUCUACCACUUAAUAUUUCAGAUGAACUAUGCCUGUCUUACUAUGUCAGAUAGUAAGCUUCAGAAAUCAAACAUUUCUUUCUACAUUGUCUCAAACAUUUUUAUUUCAUUCAAAAGUUUGUCCAAGAAUUGACUGUUAAUGUAACAGGUUUCUGAUGUAAAGCUCCUAAAAUCUCCCAAGUACAAUUUUCAAUUCAGUGUUGUUGUUUUCAGUUUUCUCUACUGCAGCAUUAUAGGGUAUUGAAGCAUAACUUUUUGCCAGAGUUCUUAUACACCAUGUUGAGUUGUGCUAUACAAUCCAUCUAAAGUUAGUCAUGACUAGGGAAGUAAGAAGGCAGCCAUUUCAGUUCUGACCUGUCACAAUCAGUGCUGUUUCCAUUCCACUGCAGCUCAGUUCCUGUUAAAUACUAUGUUAAUCAUCCUACUGUCUGCUAUUUAACAGAAUUUAUGUAAUUGUUUACUUAAUUUAUGUAAGUUAUGAAUUUAACAUAGUUAAUCGUUCUUCCUACACCAUUCAUUUCAGUGCAAAGGAAACACAAUAUAAAUGAGGGAGAGGGAAGCCAUCCAUUAUGCAUUGUUUCUAGACUGAAAACAACAAGAAGUUGAAUUCCAUUCCAAACAUGGGAUGAAUAAGUGAGCAUCAGCAAUUUGUUCUUCUGUUUCCAUUUUCACUGGAAUUCUGCAACAUCCAUCGUCAUGACUAGAUCCUCUCUUUUUUUUAAGGGACCUGAGUUUCUUGUCCCUAAAACCUUUUUGUUGGCUUCCAUAGGAAUUAGUGAUAGCUGUGGGUAAAACCUCAGCGCCUAGGACUUGCCGAUCGCAUGGUCGGAGGUUCGAAUCCCUGCGGCGGGGUGAGCUCCCGUCGUUCGGUCCCAGCUCCUGCCCACCUAGCAGUUCGAAAGCACAAUAAAGUGCAAGUUGAUAAAUAGGUACUGCUUUCUAGCGGGAAGGUAAACGGCGUUCCGUGUGCUGCUCUGGUGCCGGUUCGCCGGAGCAGCUUCGUCACGCUGGCCACGUGACCCGGAAGUGUCUGCGGACAGCGCUGGCUACCGGCCGAUAGAGUGAGAUGAGCGCACAACCCUAGAGUCUGUCAAGACUGGCCCGUACGGGCAGGGGUACCUUUACCUUUACCUUUUAAACUCUAGUUAGGUCGGGGCUAGUUUAAUGGAGUGGUCCAAAAAUUUUGCAACAUUUUUCACCCACCUCUGCGGCAAUACAUAAGUAAAUGUAGUGCAAAUUACUGAUCCAGUGAAACUCUCCAGUUUAUGAGGUGACUGGUAUGCAGAACACAGAUUAUGGUGCUGAUUUUUUUAAAAAAUAAAGGAAAUUCUUUUUUAUAUGUCUUGAAAGUUCUCCAAGAAAGACAGUUACUAGUGCUAGAUGGACAUGACUGGGUCUGUACCUGCAAGCAAUAAAACAAUUCUGAAUAUAGAACCAAAAGAUAGAAUAGGAAGCAUCUUGAUUUCUGGAGGAUAGACUACUGAGAUGUCGCUGGGUUGUGUUUGAUUUACCUAUCAUUUCAAGCCCUAUAGAGGCAUGACUAAUAGGGAAACGUAAGCACAUAAAGGAGGGCAGCAGGAAUGAGAAUGCUAGCUUCACCCCUUUCCACCACUAUUUCACUUGACUUCCAACUCCUGGAGGGUGAGUGUCUGUAGUGGGAAGUCUUUUUGUAUCCAUGGAAGCUCCCUGUGCAUUUUGGAGCCCUGGAAAAUCUAGUUGAAAUACAGUAAGAAUGUGUGGAUGAAGAGAGUGUGGUCGUUGCACUACUACCAUUCUUCUUAUUGCAUUUCCUUAUUGGUAAUGCUCUCUAAAGUCAUUAACAAUCCUGUGCAAUGCAAAAUUAGAGGCUGCUGCUAAUCAAAGGCCACUGGAACAUCUUGUAGUCCUUUUAGCUCAAAUACAGGGAUGGGUAAAUGUCCCUCAGCAAGUGAGUAGGUUUCAGUUAACCACAUCAUCACAUCCCCCCCCCAAUUGUUAAAUAAUAAAGAAAAAUGGCAUUUUGAGAUGUUUAGAGAAAGAAUGACAGAAAAACCUACCCAUUCAUUGCAUUUAGACACCUUUGAUUCAUGAUUCAGUGUGAUUCGUCUUGUCAGCUGCUUAAAAAUUCAUAGCAAACUCUGUAUUAAUGUCAUCUAGAAAUAGAAAAAGAGAAGGAGCGAUGUAAGCAAUAAAGCAAGCAGAGACUCUAUUGUUCCCACCGAAGACAUAGCCAACAUGAGGCAUGAUUUACAGUCAGACAUUUUGUAUGAUCAUAGCACCCUUGUACUCUUUGAUCUUAAAUAAUAGCUUUAAAUACAAGUGGUCAAAUAGGAAAGGUGUGUAGCACUUAUGAGUCAUUACUCAAUCCCUGUUUCCCACUGUUGAAACAGGCUUCCCGCAAGCUGUUGCAGGACCCAAUUGCAACUUUGAGUUUCAACCUCCCUACCUAAAGUUCUGGGGUCAAGUUUGUUUCCUCCCUCAAUGGAAAACAACAUAAACACAUAAGAGUAUGCUGCAGAUGCUUUUGUUCAAUUGCCAUUGCGCCUCUUUGUUGCUGAGAUUCUAUCGCUUUCCCUCCUCUUAAAAAUUGCUGCUUUCCUUGGUUGUUGCUGUUUUUUAAUGGUUGUUUCUCCUUCUUUCCAAUCUGGCAGGUACAGAAGAUGUUGUAGCAAUAAUGAUCCCUGAGCCAAAGGGGAAAGAGAUAGUGAGUCUGCUGGAGCGAAAUAUUACUGUGAUGAUGCAUAUAACAAUUGGAACCCGAAACCUACAGAAGUACGUUAGCCGAACCUCUGUGGUAUUUGUCUCCAUCUCCUUCAUUGUGCUGAUGAUCAUCUCCUUGGCAUGGCUAGUCUUCUACUACAUUCAGAGGUUCAGAUAUGCGAAUGCUAGAGACAGAAACCAGGUGAGUAGCUUUGCAAAUGGACAUAAUUUUCUCUCCCGCACUGCCCCAAGUUCCUUAAAAGGGUUUAUGUCAUUGUUAUUUAACCUUUCCGAGCCCAUAGUAAUGAAUUGCAUUUUAAAUUAACCUGUCUUUUUAUUGCCAAGAAGGAAAUGUUUAAUAUGAGGGAAAGGGGCAAUGAGAGAGUCAGCUAGUCCAAAAACAAAAAAACAGGGAAGAAAGACAGGUGAAUUAAUAGAUUCUUACACAAUGAAGUGCUUGUUAUAUUUUUCACCUGCACUAGGAACUGUGGAAUUCCCUCCCCACAGAGAUGUGUCUGGCACCUGUUUCCCCUGGCCUUUGAUAACUGUUUUUAAUGUUAUAUUUUUAUAUUGCUGUAAUUCAUCAUGAGAACUUAUCAUGACGGGUUGUCAGAAAUCUAACAAAUAAUAAUAAUACAAUACAACAGCUAAGAGAAUAACAAGAUGAUGUGCCAUUUGACAGUUCUUGCACUGAAUAAGUGCAGUGUCAGAAUUGAUAGUUCUAUGCCCAGGAAUGUGUUCACACUAUUUUUAUUUAUUUUUUACUCCAGAGAAAACAACCAUUAACACAUUACUUAAAGCAAAGUAAGAGAAUUUUACUCCUGGUUAAAAAUGGGGCACCUAACUCCCAUAUGGCUUGUGAUGGUAGCAGAGUUCUUACAUUCCUGUUGUGUUGUGUGCACACUUCCUUCUUAGUCUCAGGUUGAGGAAUUGGAACUGGAAAUGCCAAAAGGCAACAGAUAAGGAGCAAAGGGCCCAGACAGAGAGUAGUCAGAUCUAGUAAAGUGGGAAAUGGCAGUAAGUUAAAGAAAGCAGGAGUAGAAAAAAAGCAAAAAAGCUGUAACUUCUUUUAAAAGUGGAGAAACUUCUGCAGAUAGAGGAUGAGUAAAAUAAACUAUUUUUGUGUAGAAAAUUGUAACUGUACAACUGCUCCAUUAGUUUCCUAUUUUCAGGUUUCUACCAGCCACCCAGCCCGUGUCUGCUUUCUGUAACCUCUCUUAUCAGCACCAGGGUACAGAGAUCCAGCAGUUACCUUUCUCUUUUAGCCCCACUGACUGAAGUAGCACCCACACCCCAGCCAAAAUUUUGUACCAGCAGUUUGUAUGUCUACACAUACGCAUCACUGCUCACAUAUAUCAGGCUGUUUCAGAGACAAAAACGGACACCUUGGGGCCAAACUAUACAUUACAUUUCUGUUACUUCUUCUUUAGUUACAGCCACAGGGAUCCAGUUGUCAUUAGAAUCAUAACAUGCAAGGAGAUGAGAUUGUCCCUUCUCUCUCCUUGGACAAAGAUCCCCCCACAUUCUGGGCAUGUCUAUUAGAUUCAGAAGGGGGAAAAUAUCCAUUAGCGUCCAAUGGAACUUUUAAACUGCUAAACUUCAUGCCUGUGUGGGAGGGCGAUUUUCAGCCAAAUCGCAUCUGGGGAGGGAAGGAAUAAACCUCUCUAUGCACUGUGAUCACAGUGGCAGUCCUCCUCCACUAAGAUAUUAAUAUAUUAGAAAGAUGCCAUUUUAACAUUGGACACAUGGCUGGAAACAUUGCUGUCAUGGAAAAAUUGUCAAAGCAACUUAAAGCUCGAAGAAACACGAAAGCCAGAGAUGCUUUUGAAGAAAUUUGGUACUUGUUUGUUCAGUACAUUAGGAAAGAUAGCAUAAUGACAAAGCCACAAGCAACUCAUUGCACUCUGGAACAAUCUGCUAAGAAAAUAUCACAAUAUCCAAUUAUAAUCAUUUAAGAAUAAACAUAUGGGCUAUAUUAUACUUGCCUUAUACUAAUAUAUACACAGAGAAUACUUUGGGGGAAGGGGGAGAUGGAAAUUAAGUUAUGUGUAUUUGUACUUUUGUAUUAUAUAAAUGCAAAGAAAGAGACUAAAAAAAAUUGUGAGCACAUAAUUCACUGGAGGAACUACAAAUGGCUUCCGCUAAAGAGGAUUAAGUAUUACACAAAUGGCUUCAGUAAAAGAGACUGAAAAGCUACAUAUUUCAGACAUGCUAAAAAUGCAAAUGUGCAAUACUGCUGACAAAUGUAAGAUUAAGCUUUGCAUACCUUAUUAAAGAAUAUUCAGAAUGGAGAGUAAAAUAGCCCACAUAUUAUAUGCAAGUUUAUUGGCCGAAAGAUUGCUUGAAAUAAAUUCUGGAAAGCAAGGCUUGCACUUUUAUUUUUAUAUUUCGUUCAACUGAAAUUAUGCUCAGUUGAUGGCAAUACAUCUGUAAGCACCAUUCAUUGACAUGCCAUGGCUGUUAUAAUGGUCAACUUAUUCUGCCCGUCAAGAGUCUCUUCAUUGGUGCAUGUGUAAAAAAGAUACAAUAUCAACUUUCGUGGCACAUGUCCACCCAUACUUUUGUCAUAAAUAUGUUUUCUUUAUUAAAAGUUGGAAAUUCCCCUCCAACUUUCUAGCAGAGCUAUGUUUGAAAGAGCAGAUUGCAGUUGGUACACAUCGCAAACUGAAUCUUUCCUACUAAAGAGAAUAAAGAUUCCUGUGGAAUUUUUGGUGUGUUUUUUGACGUGUAGUGGUCGGAGUGUUGGACCAAAACCUGAGAGACCCGAGUUCAUCUCCACUCAACCAUGAACCUUGGGCCAGUCACUAUCUCUUUUGCCUAACCUUGCUCAUAUGAUUGUUGUGAGGAUAAUGUCAGGUGAACCAUGUAUAGGUGGGCUCUAAAUGUAAUAAAUAAACUGUCCCAUUCUCCCUCCUGCAAUCCAUCAGCUGCAUCUGAUGAACUCUAUGCAGAUUUUAAAAACCACCACUGACUUAUUCCUCUUGUUUGCUUUGGAAUAAAAAAAUGAAAUUUCCUUGGCCUAAUGUUCAGAGAGUAUCGAUUUCCAAGUCCUGUUGUCAACAUUUAUUGCUUGCCAGCUUUCAUUCCGAAACUGAGAGCUGCUAAUAGGGAGUCUUCUCUUGACAGCUUUCUUUCAGUCUGUGCCAUUAGUCUUUGCUGCAACCAUUUUCCUUUAUUCCUGUGCCAUGAGUUCUUCUAUUAAAGUAGCCCUUCCUGCCUGGAUCAAAAUAUAAAACAUUAACAGUUAAUAUAUCUUUGGCUGUAUGAUAUGUAGAAAAGAUGUGAAACAUCAACUUGCUUAUAACUUAUAUCUGUUUGGCCUUUGGCUCUCACAUAUUCAGUAUUUCUUCUGUGUCUUCUUGGGCAAAGUGCUCAAAGCUUAAUGUCCACUGUAGUAUUGCAUAUUUGACAUUUGAAGUAUGGAGAUUUUCCAUCUCUCCUUCUAAAGCCAUUUGUUGCAAACAUUUGCCCUCUUUAGCUUGGCCUUUGUCAUUCCCUCCGCUCAGUAUAAUGUUCACUGAUAUAUAAUGCAUAGCAAUAGCUAUGAUAAUUCCAUCAUGGGUUGCUAACAUGCUGCCUGGGGGUAGACACGCAUCCACAAGAACUUUCCUUGCUAUCCCCAGGGUCCCAUCCCUCUGCUUCUUCCUCCACUGCAAUGAGGCUUGGGGAGAAAACCCCUUGUUUAGCCAACAGAAGGCUUUUAAAAGCCUAAUUAUACUGCAAGGAACAAUUUAGAGAGGGGUUGCAUGUGUGGUGCCCACAAUAGUUUUUCUGGAUUGCAAAUGUGGCCACGGUCCCGAAAAAGAUUGGUAACCCCUGUUGCAGGUCAUUCUUGUCAAUAUCUUUAUCAUGUGGUAUUUUAGUUCUGUCAGCAGCCUAUUUUAAUUAUUUAAAUAUGUGUUUCAUUUGUUUUCUGCACUGGUUUGCUUUCCUUUUGACAGAGAGCACCCAAGCUCAUGUCAAAUUGAUUACAGCUCUAGAAUUUUAUAGCAGAGGAAGCUGUAUAGUCUCAUCUCAGAUCUAAAACAUAAAAGGCAAAAGGCAGGUGUCAGUCAGUGGACCAUAACACGAGAAAAAAGUAGUUUCUCUGUUUGCUAGGAAGAAAAUAUCACUUCUGGUUGCAGUGGCAAAGAACAGUCCACAGGCACUAUGGAAAGAAAAGGAUGAUGACUUCUGCCAGCCACUUAGAUGAGCUUUACUACUGCUGCCACCAUCACAAGCAACAGCAAAACUUCAUCUUCUUUCAAAUUAAAAAAAGGAAUCCACCGCUGCUAUCCACCAUAGUAAAUAACCCUAUUCCACAUAAACCAGUAAAAAAACAAACCCUGCUGCUCUCCAAAUUGACAAAAUACCCUUUAAAAUUCACCUUAGAUUAAAAGGUCAGCUUGGAAUGUCAUUGACACUUAUGCAAUGUAGAUCCAGUGAAAGGAAGUUCCAGAGCUCUGGAGCCACUACCAAGAAGGCUCUUCCACAUGCUGCCACACUAUGAGCCUCCACAAGUAGUGGAAUAGCUAACACAGCCUCCCCAAGUGAAUACAGCUUCUCCUAUAGGAAGAGUCCCUGAUCACUUAGAAGUUGCAGUAUUGGAAUUAUGUUUCCUUUGUAUAGGCUGCAUGGGAUGGGAGAAUGUUUAGAUGACCCAACCAUUUGAGUUGGUCCUGAUCACUGGAGCUUUCCCCACUCAAGCGACACAUGGAAUGAGGAGAAAGGGAACUACCCUGGAUAAAUGUCUAAACACUGUAAAAAUGAGAAAGUAUUCUACUUUGUCUUACAUGGUGAUCAUAUUUUUAAAACUUAAGUGUAUUCCAAAAGUAUCACAAAUAUUUAAUCCGUUAUUGUCCACCCUCAUUUUCCAUCUUAAACUGAAUUUCUAAUUCCCAAAAGUAUUAAACAUCUGCUGACUCAAAAGUUGAAGUUUCCGGCAAAAAUAUUCAGGGAGGCAAGGAGUGUGUCAGCAUUUAAUUUAAAUGAUGAACAAUCAAUAUGAAAGUACAUUUAGUAGGUGGAAAGUAUUUAGUAGGUGGCAUGGGGUUGUGUUCAUCGCUAAUCCUUCUUGCAGUGGAUCCACUAAAAUUAAUGAACAUGACAAACUGGAUCCAUUCAUUUAAAUAGGUCUUCUCUGAAUCAAACAUCAUUUGGAUGCAACUAGUGUUAUUUUAAUAAUAAGUGGUUUUAUUCUUAAAUGCUUCAUGAGAGCAAAAUUGAGGAGCAAACUAUCAUGGCCAUCCUGCCAGAUCUAUUUUACACUAGCUCACAUUCUUUGAUAUAUAUUAAAAGCGCACAAGAAAUAUUUUCCUCCCUCUUUCCUUUCCCCUCCAUUCUGUGCAAGCUGUGAGAGAAAUGGUGCCAAAGAUAAAAUGCUGCUUUACAAGAUAAUAGUUGGCGAGCAUGUCAUGAUCAAGAGCUACAUUAAAUGUUCAUUUUGUUAUCUCCCUUCUGAGGAGCUGUAUGAAGGACAUGUUUCACAUUUGCAAACGAUGGACGUGAUCCAGCCAGAGUGCACCACUUUUCAGCCCCACUCAUUGUGGUGGCUGAAAUUUGUGCCGACUAAAUAGUGCUACUUAAGAGGACUCUGGAAGGCCCUGACUCAGCACUACAUAGUGGAAUACGACCACCACAUAAACCCCUCAGUAAGGAUGUCAUCAGCAUUUGACCAGGGCCUCUUGGGUAGGUAAACAGCUCUGGUGAAAUUAUAAAACAUAGCCUCCCAAUGUGCAGUUGGAAUCACAUCUUUCUCUUUCCCUGCUAAGUAUGGACUGUUUUGCCUCCAUAUUGUGCAACAGAAGCAAAGCUGUGCGUCCCAGGGAGAGGUGAUGGCAGCCUUCUCCACACUGCAUGGCUUCUCUCCUGCUGCUCAGUACAGUGGUACCUCGGGUUACAUACACUUCAGGUUACAUACGCUUCAAGUUACACACUCCGCUAACCCAGAAAUAGUGCUUCAGGUUAAGAACUUUGCUUCAGGAUAAGAACAGAAAUCGGGCUUCUGCGGCGCAGUGGCAGCAGGAGGCCCCAUUAACUAAAGUGGUGCUUCAUGUUAGGAACAGUUUCAGGUUAAGAACGGACCUCCGGAACGAAUUAAGUACUUAACCCGAGGUACCACUGUACAGGGUGGAAGGUGCCUUUCUUCCAUGAUGAGCAGAAGGAGAAAGCGUUUCCAGGGCAUGAAGGCUGCCCCCAGCACUACAGCCUUCCCUCCCGAGUAGAAGACCUUUGGGAGGUGUUAGGCUUGUCAGCGUGGCCCCAAGAUGUUAAACCCCAUAUAUUGCACUAACAUAAUAAGGGCAAUUAAACCAAAAAUAUAUAACAUGAUUUAAUUAGCAGGAAAAAAAGAUCAAGAAAUUCAAAAACAUAAUGAAAUGUAUCUACAAAAACAUAACUAGGGGGUUUUUUUAACCAUGAACUGAAGGUCCUUCUGUAAACAGAGCAAUGCUAACAUCCAAGUCGAUAUAUCCAGUACACAGAGAUAUAGUAAAUGCAAGAAACUCAGUGGAGCCCAUUUGGAAAAGGAAGUGCCCCACAUGUGUAUUGGAUCACAUGACAGGAUUCUUCAGCAGCUCCUAUAUAUUUUUAUCAGUUCACUGUCUUCUUUACACUGAGCGGCUCCAACAAUGAAGUGGAGUGACUCUGUAUUUGAUAAUUGCUUAAACAAAAAGUGGGGGUAGGGGUGAGCAGCCAACUAGCAGUUUGGCCUAAGUUGAUAGCCUUAUUAUAGUGCAUUACAUGGUUUAAAAAAGGAAAUAACUGCAGCGACAGCGCUUAAAAUAAACUGCUUUUUUUGGAAACUCAAUCUUGGGUAUAUCUAUAUUUCUUAACUGCUUCCCCCCUUUCCAAAUCCUUGCUUCUCCUUUCUGAAAACUGGAAUGGUGCCUUGGAAAAACAAACAAACAAAAAAGCAAAUGGAAACAGAUGGGUGAAGAAUGAUUCACAUUCCAGACUUUCAGAUGCAAAAAAUAUGUGGAAUAAUUUUUUACCCUAAUUCUCCAGGCAGAUGGCUUCACUCAUGCAGGGAUGGUGUGAAGUCAGUACGUACUUAGGUUGGGAAAAAAUGGAUGAAGUCCUAAAGUGCCAAAGUCAUUUUUCUUAGCUUAGAAAAGUAUUAAUUUGGCAAUAAAAUGUAGUGGGGAAAUGCAUUUUCAAAUGUUGCAGAGUACGGAACAUUUUCAGGUAUUUGGCCAAGGCAUGCGGUCUGGGAUUCUGCCAGGGAUAUACCUCUUGCAACAUAAUGGCAAGGCCUUUGCACAACAUCCUGCAACUUCUUUUGCAUAGACCUUUUCUGGAAUAUUAUGUAGUAUGAAAUAGGUAGCAGGGGAUCAGCAAAAAUCAGCUACACCUGAUUCUUCUGUCAUUGGUUCCUGUUCCAACAGAUUGAACAUCUAUAACAAUGUGAGAUAAUUAGAUACCUUUUAAUCCAUCCUGCAUCUGGUGUUUUGUCGAUACCAAUUACUCCCCGUAUUAGUGACCUCUUUGAAUCCAAUAUUGCAUUUACGUAGCUCUUCUCUGUUUCAUUUAAAAUGAUCUUGGGCCAUCAAACUAUUACAGAGCCAUGCAAGAACAUCUGUGUGAAGGUGUGCUCUUUAGUAAAGAGUGAUAUAUUACAUUUUUAGCGCCGUCUGGGAGAUGCUGCAAAGAAAGCAAUCAGCAAACUGCAGGUCAGAACGAUAAGGAAAGGAGAUAAGGUAAAAAAUUUUCUUAAGUCUUUGUUUUAACCAAGCAAGGUGGGGGUGGGGAAUGCAGUUAUUGUGCCGUGGGCAAUAAAAUAAAAUAAACCAGAAACCUUUGUGUGGGCUACUUUCUUCCACAAAAGGGCCUGGUGAGGACUGAGGAGAGUGCUGUCUGGAAGGCACACACUGGUUGCUCAUACCUGCAGCAACCUGCUACACUGACUCCCCAUAUGGAGGAAGGGUUGAAACUGGCCUCUGUUAUGUGCUUCAGCAGUAGUACCAACAUGGUUCCCUCCAAAUAUUGGUAGACUCCAGCUCCUGUCAUUUCUGACCAUUAACCAUGGCUGGCUGGGGUUCGGAGUGCCACAGGUUCUCCAUUCCUGAAUUACAGGGAUCCCUUUGCAAAUGGGCACUGUAACCAAUUGGACUAAACCGAACUCUCAGAAUCUGGAAGGACUUGGGGAUGUUAUUAAAUGUCAAUGUAUUUCAGUCCGCCAUGCUUUUCAUUGAAAAUGUCGAUCUCAAUGUUUCUGUAGGAAACUGAACCCGAUUUCGAUAACUGUGCAGUGUGUAUUGAGGGUUACAAACCGAACGACGUUGUCAGGAUCUUGCCCUGCCGGUGAGUUGAUAUAACCAUCCAAUUAGAGAGAUACAAUUAAUAAAGUAAUUGAUUUUUGUGGUGUUCUUCACAGGCCAAUAAUAUGUCCUUGUCAUUUGCUAACAGUGCAAUAUGCUUUAACCCCCCCCCCCAAAAAAACUCCAAUUAAAGCUAAAACAAUAACAGUGGCUUGGGGGGGGGGCUACAGAAACAGCAUUGGUGUUUGAAAUUUGGUUGCCAGAAAUUUAUCUGAUUGGGAUUUUUUUUAACUUACUGGAUCACCUUAAAGUAGAAACAAUUUAACUGCAGUUUUCCUUAGAUAUAUCAUAUAUAUAGCAGUGGUGUCAUAUACAUGCCCCCUUUUCAGCUACCUCAGUGCACAUGCUGCUAGUAUUUUUGGAAAGCCCACAUGAAAAAUCCAAUUUGGAACAGAUGAUUUAGAUCCAAAGGUUGCUUUGCUCUGAUGGAAGAAGUCUUCCUUUGUCAGGGGAAUAAAACCUCUGGACCCAAUCUAAUGUAAUAUGUUCCUUUUAUGAUCAGUGGGCGGGGGGGGGGGGCGUGGAGAGUAAACCAAAACCAGUAAAUAAAUAGAUGUGACAGACUGCAUGCAUCUUUUUCCAAGCAAAGAAGCAAGCCUGUUAGGGAAUCAAUGCCCAUUACUCCAAUUCUCAUCCUACGCAGGUUGAUAGGUUCUCUGUUCACAGAUCAAAUUGUAUGCUGUCAGUUCUCUUUCUGCAGUUGCAGAUCUUGCAUUUUGCAGUAUCUUCAGUCAUGGAUACAGAGGUGAAACACAAUAAAUAGUUUUCUUAUUUAUGCUACUUUUCACAGUACCAAGGAUGAUAAAUCUGCUGUCAGCAGAUAAAUGUUUUUUAGGGUCUGGUUUUCAAUAUGGAAAAUUGCUUCCAUUUUAUUUUAUCUUCUGAAGUUUUCAUUUAGAGAGCUUUUUUCUACUAAUUUUACAUGUGAAAUUACAAGCUAGGUUCCAUCCACUACAAUUUAUUAACUACAAAGUAUUUCUAUUUUUCAGUACAGGUCUUCUUUCAUCAGCUUUUUCUUGACAAAAGUAUUUUCCACACAGAUAUAUCUUCAGCUGUAUAGUCCUUACGCUGCAAGACACUUCUGAGCUUUUUCAAAACAGAUGGUAUCAACUGCAACUUUGAGAAAUUGUGAAUAUUCAGGUCUUGUAUAGAUUUUAUUCAUUUUUCUCCCUUUGUAGGCACCUCUUUCACAAAUCUUGUGUGGAUCCAUGGCUACUAGACCAUCGUACCUGCCCUAUGUGUAAAAUGAACAUCUUAAAAGCACUAGGGAUUCCGGUAAGCAUGUAAUGUGUAGAACACUGAACAUAGUACAGUGGUACCUCAGGUUACAUACGCUUCAGGUUACAUAUGCUUCAGGUUACAGACUCCGCUAACCUAGAAAUAGUACAUCGAGUUAAGAACUUUGCUUCGGGAUGAGAACAGAAUUCAUGAGGCAGCAGUGGGAGGCCCCAUUAGCUAAAGAGGUACCUCAGGUUAAGAACAGACCUCUGGAACGAAUUAAGUACGUAACCAGAGGUACCGCUGUAUUUUCAUUAAUCCUAAUUCCACUUUUUAAAAAAGUGAAUAAGCAAGUAUCAUCCUAGUGAGCAUUAUAUGUCUAUCCUGAAGAUUUUGGGUCCCCUAAAGCCAUUUCUCACCAAUGCUAAUAAGACAAUAUAAACUACACACACACACACCGAGUGACAUUUUCAGUAUGAACCAUAACAUGUAAUGUAUGGAAAAAACCUGAAGCUCAAAACUUCCCAAAUCAGAUAAACACACAACCCAUAGAACAAAACACAAGGCAACAAAGUAAGCAACCCUCCCCAAAACCGACAACCCCUACAACAAAACACCCCCAAAAUCAAAGAAUACCCACACAUUUUUAAGCGAAAAACUAAGUGAAAAUUGUGAGGAACAGAGUGUGUCUGAGGGUAGCAUGGCACCCCCCAGUACCACAUUGGGGAUCCCAGCAGUAACCCCAUAAAUUAGCAAAGCGUCUAGUAGAUAUCAUCCAUUAAGACACCUGAAGGGUUACGAAGAAAACGUCUAAAUUAAGUAUUAACUCCACAUACCAAGCAUGCAUCAGUUCUGAAAAAAAGGCACAUGAUGUCGUAUGCCUCCAAUUUGAAUAAACAUUUCUGUGAGGAUAUGUCCAAGAUAAGAUUACUGUUUUAGGCUGCAGCCAUAACCCCAGUUACCUUGCAUUAAGGAUCAUUGAAUUCACUGGCACUUACUUCUGAGUAGACAUGGUUAGGCUUAUGCUGUUACAGGCGCUGGUGUUUUGGUGCCAUCAACAAAUAUCUAACAUAACAAUCUAGGUAUGGAUAGUCUCUAAAUGACCAUUUGCUUUCAGAAGAAUUUGCAAACUAAUAGAGACUAUCCUGUAAAGAGAAGCCAAAAUGCAUGUUUUGAAAUCCAAAUCCAUGAAUAUUUGGAACUACAAUGAACUAUAGAACUAAAUGAACUAUUUCUUCCUGUAAUCCAGACACAAAUAUUUCCUUUCAGAAUCUCUCUCCCCAUUUCCAUUAGACUCUUCUUUCUUGUUUUCAUUAGCCCAAUGCAGAUUGUGUAGAUGACAUACCUCCAGAUUUUGAAGCUUCUAUAGGAGGGCCACCAACUAAUCAGAUUACAGGAGCAAGUGAUAUAACUGUGAAUGAAAGCUCUGUAGCACUGGAUCCUCCUGUCCGGACAGUUGGAGUACUACAAGUCAUCCAGGAUGCAGACCCUCUUCCACAGACUGGGGAAAAUAACCUCAACACAAGCAGUAAGUUCUCAGCUCAUUUGCUUAGAGUGAAUGUUUCAAAUGUGAUUCAUAAAAUCGCCGGUGACUAUUCUGUAGUAUUUUCAACAGGUAUAUGGGUAAGUCCUGUUUCACAUUGAAAAUACUUCAGCAGAACUGGAUUUCUCAUUUGCAAUUCCAAUAGACAUCCCAAAUGCAUUCUGUAAUCCAUUCCAAACCAAAUUACAUGGAAUCAUGAUGUUCACUGUGAUCUCAGAUUGGCUGCAGUGAAAGCAAAAAUUGCACUGAAGGUGCAAGCAGGCACAACCACAAAUGAAAGAAGUUAUUGGAAGAGGGUUUUGUGGUGUUAUGCCAAAAAUAUUCACUUGUGAAUAUGCAGUGCGAUCAUAGUUCUAACUGAGAAUAUGCAGAGAUCUCAUGUGCCAGUCUGGUGUAAUUCAUUUAUUAUCAGAAGACUUUAAAGGUAAGCUUGAGUCCUGAGUGGGCCUCUUCUGGCAAACAAGUUGUCGCUCUCCAAUCCUUGAAUUGCGGGAUGGCUCUAUGUAACCCAAAGCAAAUAUGUCUGUGGCUCGCAAGAGUGUAAGCACAGGUUAUAUUUGCCCUUCUGUUAGGGUUCAGUUCUGCAGAAAGAUGAUCUUCUAGUCCUGCUAUACAUUUACUCUUCAUAAGCCACAAGGGGACACAACAUGUUUGGAUUGUGUCAGACCACAGUAGCUGGCCUCAGUUUCAGCAGGCAUUGCAGUAUCUUACAUUUGCUACCACAGCAUACUUGAGCAGCUUCCAGAUUUGACAAUUUUAAAAAUGCAGUUCUAGCAGGGACAUUACUCUCACAUUGGUUUCCUCCCACAUGCAUUUCAAAAGUUCAAAAGGAGCUUUAAACUCAUAUCAAUUACAAUGGGUUUUAUACCUAGGUAGUUGGGAUUAGGAUUACAGCAUCUGUUAGCUAUACACAUUGAGUUUCCUGCUACACUUUUGGAUUUUUUUUAAAAUAAUCAUAUUUUUUCUGCUUUCUUUUUUUUCUUUUCUUUAAAAAAUAAAAUCACAUGUUUUGUGACUUCAAAACAGGAAGCUGACUGACUGACUCACAGAUAUGAACUAACCAGGGCAUACAGCUAGAAUUUACUGUAAAAUGGGAGCUGUGGGAAAGAGAGCAUGUUGCAACAUAUGGGGAAAAGUCUUCUCUCUGCAUUAGCUCUGAGGAAAAUAUCUUCAUAGCGACCCAAAGUACUGUUUCAGUUUCAGCACUGUCGAUCUGGGAUAUUAAAGGGAAUCCAAGUUUUUUUUAUUAACAAUUUAAUAAACAAAACCUAAUAUUUACUAGGGAUAAGGAAGGGGAAAACAUUCUACAUUUCAAUAGCAUAACAGAAUCAGUAUGACCUAUAGAAACAAGAAGUUUCCCCAGAAUUUGUGGCCCCACCAAUGAAAAUCUGCCGUGUUUGAUUAAAAUUAGCCUUUAGUUGAUAAAUCUACUGGUUAAGCCAAUUAGAGUUGGCAGACUGAGUUAUUGUUUUUUUCCUAUCCGUCAUCAAGUGCUUUGGGACUAUGGAAGUAGAGGUAGCCCCGGUGGAGUAGCCUUGGUGAGAAAACUUAAAAGCAAGGCUGCCUGAGGACUCUGUGUGAAUAUGGCAUAAAUUGGGCUCAGCACAACCCUGUUAAAAAAAUAAAAUUAAAAUCACACAGAUGUUUAUGCACUGUUGGGUCCUCUGUAUCCUCAUUUCACCGUCUCGCCUAUCUGGGGAUUUUACACAUUUGGCACAUGAUUGUCCACACUCUUCAUUUUUUGGUCUUAGAUUUUUCAUAGAUAAUUCCUCUGUGCCUCAUUCACAACAGUGAGUGCGUUUCCAUGCUGCCUUUUUCUGGCCCCUCCUCUCAGUCACAGCUUCCCUGAUUUCCACUACCUCUUCCCUUUCAGAGCAUGCAUGCAGGAAAUUUGGGAACUUUGGAGGAAGAGCAAAAUUUUACCAGCCCCUAGUUAUCAGGGCAAAAUGGAGGCUUACCCUUUUGGCGGGGACAGGUGGGCAACCUCCAAUUUUUUUUAUUUUUCAAAUAUCCUUUGAGCUGUGGGAAACAAAACAGUUAGUUUGUGCAAAUGGAAAUGUGGGUGUAACGAGAGAGGCCGCCCACAGAAACAUUGCCACAUGUAUGACAAGCUGCCUACCUGAACAAAUGCGCUAUCAAGCUUCCAUGCCAGUGAUGACUGCAAAUUUAUAAUAGAUGGGAAAAGUUUACUUUAAUGUAUUUCCCACUGUAAGAGGAAAUCUGGAUUAAAUGUUUUUAAAAACAUGGCCUGACAUUUUGAUGAUGGCAACAUGGAGUGGACAGUGCAAAACCCUUGCGUGGGAGAGUAAUACUGAUUCCACAGUAAACCUCCAUCUGGAAGCACACAGGGAUCUGAACAUAUAUCCUAUUGCCUGGCAUAAAAUACGUCCACUGUCAAGGCAACUGAAGAGCAGACAUGACAAAGAGGGAGUGGGAUAUUGGUUACAGUGGGAUGCAGGGGUGGAGGAAGGGUGGGCAAUGGGGGCGGACCGCCCCAGGUGACUUUGCUGAGGAGGGGGUGACAUUUGACGUGCCACCCAUGACUCCCAAGCCUACCCUGAGCCAUCAAGGGAAGGGGGGAGCUGUGUCAUUUUGCCAACAGCAUUCCCUCCCCUUCCUUUUGACAGCUUGGGGGAGGCUUGGGAGUCGCAGGCAGGUGGUGCACGAAUGUCUGUCACCAGCAGCUUGCUCUGGCCCCGGCUGCAUGGCCACACGCCGCUCCAUGCACCUGAGCAGCUAUCCUGCAUCUGGGAGGACACGCUCCGCGCCGCGCCCCCCUCAGGAGCGCGCCCACCCUGGGCAGUGCAGGCAUAUGCUCCACUGCUGGUGGGAUGACAUAUGACAGAGGUGAUGCUCACAGUAUAAAUUUUGAAAAGUGACAUAUUUUUAUGUUUGCAUCUGGCUGAGAAAGUUCCCCAAAAGAUCUGUUGGGGAAGACCUGGGCAGGAAGUGCAAAUCCCAAGGAAUCUGCGGUUCCUGUUCUCUCUGCAGCCCUGCUGUGGUGAGGCCAGCAGCGAAGCAACGGGAUAUGCCUACCCACCUGUCAAACGUGGCCUUCAGGAGAGUGUGUAGAUAAGUAGAUCUGGCCAGUAGGCCAGAUCCGGUUCUCCAUCCCUCAGUUAAAGUUAAUGGCUUCCAAAGUUGCACACUGGAAAUACCGCGUGACUUCCAACAAGCAUUUUAAGUUCUUACAUGCCAUUCCCCUAUUAUGUUACUCAGAGUUCAGCAUAGGUCGUUGCUCUUCUAAAAUGUCACCUCAGGAGUUCAUACACUUUCUAUUUCUGCUAGUGUUGUCAUUGGUUCAAUAUCAUUCAGUCACACCAAGACCCUAGGAAUGUAGAUGCCAGUGCAUAUUUCUCAGGGAGCUCACCCAGACUAGGUGGAUUAGUUAAAUGGAAGCCAUUUAACAACUCAAGCAAAACUUUGGUUUCCUAGACGCAAGUCUGAAUACUCCAGUUUAUGUGUUUUGUGGAUCAGGUUCUCAUAAGACUCAAGGCCUUUACAGAAACAGCAUAGGUGUGUGGCUGUUGUGAGUUGGCUUUUUCAAGGGCAUCAUGCUAAUGAAAUCCUGCUUUGGAGUUUUUGACCCCCUGCUGUCUCAGCUGUUCACAUGAUUAAUGGCACAUGACGGAGUUAGCAACCAGCAGCAGUCAAACUUAGCUCACUGCAGAUCCUGGGAGCUCACAAGCAGAGCUCACAAACAGGGGCGUUUGCAAGGGCUUUUAGCAGGGGAGGCCCAGGUUUCUCUUGGUGUGUAUAGGACCAGAGACAUGGAGGGCAAGGGAGCUGCUGCAGUGACCUAUAUCGCCUGUGCCAUGUUUGUCAUUCUGCCAGAGAACAAGCAACAGCACACUUGUAGCAAGUGCAAGGUGGUUGUAUUGCUGGAAGUGAAGGUGCAGCAACUCAAGGCCUGCCUAGACACACCUCAAGCAACAGAACAAUAUGCAGAGUUACUUGACAGAGCUGUUGACUGAGGUUGAGCACCAAGAUAGAUGAGGUGCCCCCAGGGUGGAGAAAGUUUGCCCAUUGCAAGAGUUUAACCCCUGAAAGAAUCUGACGUGCAGAAGUAGGACAGUCACAAACCACACUUUGUCUAUUAGAGUUGCAAAGUCACUUCCACCUCCAGUCUUCUGUUUGGUAGCAGAAAGAUUUGGGCUUUUAUUGGUAUAAAUUAUUUCCUUUUAAAUUAAUAUUCAUGUAAAAUGUGACAGAUAAGCAAUAUCUCAUUAGUGAGGAUCAGCCCAAUGUGCAAAUCCCCUGCUUCUAGCCAGAUAGAAAAAUGCUGUAUUUAUUUUUAUGCGAAAUAGAAUUAUCUAUAUCUAUAUAUCUACCUAUCAUCUAUCUAUCAUCUAUAUCUAGGGUACUUGUAACCCAGUCUUAAUUAAAAUAAAUCCCAAAGCAAGGGACAAUAUCAAAACAUACAUCAAAUAAUAUAAUAUACAUAACAAUAAGGAAACAAUUAUAAAGCAAGAAUAAUCUUUAUUGGGAGGUUAUGUUAUGUAUUUUUAUGUUUUUAUACUGUAUAAAUCUAACGAACGGUUGUUGCAAUUCUAAAAAUCCAACCUGAGCAUGCUUACUCAAGACAUAAGUCCCAUCGACUUCUUCCAAAGUGUACUCUGGAAUAUACUUUGGAGUGUAUAUUCAUUUUCCAAAGUCUACUUAUGAUGAUAGCCUAAAAAUUCUGGUACUAUAUUUGUCAACCACAUUGAAAAUUUCACUGUGAAAAGAAAUCUUUUAAAACAACAUCAGGGUGAUUUAAACCUGAUAGAUUUAAACAAAUGAUGCAUAAACAGUACCUGUGCUUUUAGGUGCCCCAGUGGUACUUUGCAGUUUCCCAAAUAACUGAAAAAUAGUAAAUUGGCUUCUUUUUUAGCAGAGAGAAUAAUAGGCAAACCUUUCUUGCUGCUGUGUUCCAAUAAUGCUCAUGGAACUUCAGGAUGGCAAAGAUAGAUUAAAAGUCUAGCUAAAUGCACUUAGAGCAAAGGCAUUCUAUUAGCUUGGUUCUGUAUAUUCCCAUAGCUGUACUGAAAUAAGUUAUGUGAGAGCUUUUUGUUCACAUGAAAAAUCCCAAUAAAUAUUCCAAAUAUACAAAUAUUUACAGGGUGAAGCCAGAUUUGGCGCAGCUACUGAUGGCAUGCAGUAUGACUAAGAACUGCAAUUGUUGAUGGCACACAUCCAAUGGCCAGGGUGUUCAGUGGCUUAACUGGAGAUUAUGAGCAGCACCCUUGUCAAUUCCAACAAGUCUGUUCUAAAUGUGAUGAAGGCUGCAAUCCCAACCCUGUUUAAGUGGGAGUCAACCCCAUUUAAUUCAAUAGGACUGACUUCUGAUUAAUCAUGUUUUGAUUGCUCUAUAAGUCUGACUCCAUCCUAGUGAUGCUUCCCCCCCCCCCCUUUGUCUUAUGUCUAGGAAUUCUCUAUACAGUUAAAUUCCCAGAGGGGACCGGGUCACGUGGCUGAUGGACCACAGAUUCAUCACCCCUGUUUUAGAGAGUUCUCUUAGGACCUUUACCCUGAAGAUUAUAAACCAUGAGCACAUCCACUUUUCUUUCUUUCUUUCUUUCUUUCUUUCUUUCUUUCUCUCUCUCUCUCUCUCUCUCUCUCUCUGUGAUGAUAGAUGUUACUUCUGAUUAAUGAUUAUAUACUAUUAUGCAUAAGCACAUAUUUCCAAAACACACACACACACACACACACACACACACACACACAUACAUACCCUGUCACAUGCACAGUGCUGUUACGAUUAUGUCCAUUACUUUUUUCAUACUUGUCUUUUCAGUGCAGUCCAUGACCCCCUCUAGGCAUUCAUUUCUUUACUUCAUUUUUUGCUAGAGACCUUCCACUGCAGCAGGUUUAACAGUCACUGGCUCCUUGCCUAGGGAAGCAUAUGCUGCUCUGAACGUCUUAAGAAUGAGGAAGAAUUGCAUUCGAAACAAGCCAUUUUCUGUUACAAGGGAAAGAAGAAAUUAUUCAGGGCCUGACUGUAGCAAUGGGUUAUUUACAGGCCUGAGGCUGCCUGGAAUGCACACAAUGAAAGCUACUCAGCAGCUGUUCAGUGUAAAAUGCAUUCAAAAUCAAUUUCUAAAAUGAAUUUAUUCUAAAAGCUGCUUCUUCACGGUAGCCAUCUUGCUAAGGGAGGGUUAACUUACCACCUCGUGACAACGUAUCGUUAUAGGUGCACACCCAUCACAGCAGCACUUCAAAGGCUCUGUUGCAUCCACCAGUUGUUCCCACAGCUGUACUUUCACCUAUGCAGCAUUUCUUUAUAGCUAGUGUAGACUCCUCUUACCAUUUAGGUCGAUCACUAAGGAUACAGGAGGUAACAGAAACAAGGUAGUGCCUCCACUGAAUCAGGUCCACUGGACCUUCCCCACACCACAAUAUUCCGGAAGGCUGAAAUGAUGCCACUGUCUGUCUGAAAUCACUCCGGUGGAAAUGAUACAAAAGAUUUGCAUACCGUCUGUGCUUGGUGUUGCUUUCUUAUCAAGAAGACUGCUUUGCUUUUCUCAGGGCUUGCCCAAGACAUUUUGCGGCAUAGAACAAGAUGGCAAACACACACACACAUUGCCCAUCAUUCAUAGCUCUGCCCUCCCAACACCUGACCGCCACUCUGUGCUGACCAGCAUCUCCCACCUGCCUCCCUCUGCCUCAUAGCAAGGCCAGUCCUACCUUUUCUGCUUUUUAAAUGCAGCAGACGUACCUGGCAUUCCUUAAUGUACUGUGUCAGCCUUCACCACCCUGACCCCUCCAGGGGUUCUGGGCUAUUAACUCCCAUCGGCCCAGCUAGCAUGGCCUCACUUCGCUGGGGCUGGUGGGAGUUGUAGGCCAGAACAACUGGAGGGCACAAGGUUGGCAAAGGCCGCAUGACAAAAGAAAUUGUUUCCCCAGAAUUUCCAGAUUAGCAGAAUAAUAAUAAAAUAGUACAGUUUCUAAGACUUUUGGGCAGGAAGCCUAAAUGUAUGUGUUUUAAAUGUAUGGUGAUCUUACCUCAACAGUAAGACUAGCUUUGGAAGAGAGGUGCAGUUUUUUUAGUAGUCGGAACUGUUUUUACUAGGCUGGAUCCAGACUUAGUCAUGCUUAGCAGUAGACCCAUAAAAACCAAUGGGAGUUGUGCUAGUCAAGUAACUUAGGGAAAUAGUAUUGAUUUCAAUGUGUCUGGUUUUUUAUUAUUAUUAUUUAUUUAAUGGACUGUUGUUGUGAGUUUAUUUUACUAAGGAAUGGUAGGUACCAUUUUUAAAAAAUAAUAAUAAAUAAGUAGGAAGAGCUGUACAAAUUAAUACACAUGUAAAGCAAAAGAACCUCAUAGCAGUAUUCCAGGCGUCCCCUGUAGAGGCAGCAGGAAAUGUUUGGGGAUGGGCAGAAAGCAGAACAAAUGUAGAGAAGAGCAGCUUGCCUUUGUAGCAAGAAUCAAUUUGUUACAGAGUCAAUUGUGCAUAUCAAACACUGUUAUGGAGUAUAAGCAAACUGCGCCAUAGCAAUAUUUCAUGCAGACAGGGUCUUGGUCUUGCAAGGUGACAACUAGGCUAGCCAGUUUCGGUCUCUGGUGGGUUGCAACAUUUUAUGGCAGUUUGGCUUGCUCAGAAUCAUAGAAUUGUAGAGUUGGAUGUGACCCGAGGGUCAUCUAGUGCAGCUCCCCACAAUGCAGGAAUAUGAAGGUGGUCCGAAUGGGAAUCGAACCUGUGACCUUGGUGUUAUCAGCACCACACUCUAACCAACUGAGCUAACUGUCACUUCAAUCAAUGCCACUUGAUUUGAUGGGAAUCACUGCACUGGCACAGAGCUGAUUCCCACAGAGAAUCGGGGCCUUUGUCCUUGUACAAUGGCUUUUAUGCAAUAACAGUGCAAUGUUGACCAGAAAAUAUCUCAAGAUUUUGUUUUUUUCCUCCACUCCGUCCAUCAUUCUGUUUAGCCGGGACUUGAAAGACAAAUAACCUGUUCACUUUCACUCUGCUUAUAUCUAUUCAUGAUAUAAUGAAUAGAUCACAUCAUUGAUUUAUAUUCCACUCUCUUUGCUCAGAGCACUGUUUCUUUUUAUCCUGUCCAUUUUAUCCUUACAGCAACCAUGUGAGAUAGGUUAACCUGAAAGAUAGUGGCCAGGUUCACCUGUCACUCUAAGCUGACUUGGCAUGAAUGCUUGGACUCCAGGAGAGGUGACUGUGGUUGGUUUGCUCUUCCCCAUCUAUUCCGCGGUUGGCCGUGCUAAGAUAAGCCAUGACUUUGUGCAGCAUGUCAUCUGAACCUGGGCUCAGGGAUUAGAUCUCUCCAGAUUCCCUAUAGACUGUAAUCCAAGGUUUGUCCUGUGUUUGUUGACUCAUGGUUUGUCCGGGAGAGACCGAGUUCAGGUGACACACUAAGCCAAACCAUCGCUUAGCACAGUGUAGCACAACAGCAAAAUGGCCAGGGAGGAGCAAAGUGGCUGUGUUCUCCUCUCUGGGAACCUGCAUAGUCAUGUAUUGAUGCUAAGCCAUGGUUUGGCCUAGAAUGACAUGCAAGCCAGGUUGGUGACAAGCCCAAGGUCAUCCAAUGACCUUCACUGGCUGAGUGGGAGUUUGAACUCCUGUCUCCCCAGUCCUAGUGUGAUGCUCCCACAGUUUUAGUCCAUGUGUACUUCAGGAACAUCAUAUUCUUUAAGGAACAAAGUUCCUGCAACCAUCAUUCUUGCUCUAUUCUUCAUUCUUUCAAAAUGUCUCCUAGGGGGCUUUUCAUGCCUUGCAGUAAUAUCCUUUUAGUAUGAGUGAUCCAAAGGUUUUCCCAAGCCCUUGCUUUCCUGUUACGGAUGCUCCCUGCAUUUCUUGCCAAACCCUCCCCCCCUUUUAUCUCAAUUGCUUUUUUUAACGAAAGCUUUACAAGCAAGUUAUAACUUUAUAAUUGUGACUAUUAUCUGAGCGAACUGUUAUUUCUUAGGUGGAAGCAAAAAUAAUAACAAUUACAAUGCAAUCCUGUAAAUACGAAUCAUUGAGUUCAGUUGGACUUCCCUCCCUCAUAAGUGUAUGCAGGAUGCAGGGUGGGGGAGGGUUAUGUCCCCCUUCCCUAGUGUGAUUGGAAUGAUCACGCAUGCACACGCACACAGCAGGCGCCUUGGGGUUAGGAGAUGUUCCUUAUUUCCACCAGUGGUGGUUCACCAUCACCACCAAAAAAAAGUUUGUAGCUGGGGGCAGGGGGAGAGCUUGUUCAUUCCAGUCAUGUGAGGAUGGAAGAGAUAGGCCUUCCCUCUCUGCAUGCUGCCUUGCUGACAAGGAAUCACCCUCAUGCCUAUGUCUUGAGAAAGAAAAGGAUGGAUAGGUAGCUACACACAAAGGCUAUGUACACAUUACCCACUUAAAACACUCAAUUCCACACUGCUGUAUUUCAAAUUGCACUUGCACGUCAUUUAUUUAUUAUAUUUUAAUGCAUUUAUAUCCCACGUUUUCUCCAAGCAGCUCAGGGUGGUCUACAUUUAAUCCCCACAACCACUCUGUGAGGUAGGUUAGGUUGAGAAGCAGUGACUUGCCCUAGGUCAUCCAGUGUGCUUCAUGGCUUAGUAAGGAUUUUUCAGUCUUGCUCUCCCAGGUCUUAGCACUCUAACCACUACACUAGGCCUGUUGUACACAACAGUAUGGAUGAAUGUGUUUCCAAGCUGCCCUCUGCCUCACCACAGCAGUGGAUGGAGAAGGUGUGCGGCUGUCUUCACAUGGCUUACAUUUUCAAGUUGGAUCAAAGCUGGUUUGGGAGCAAACAACGUCAAAACACAGUAUUUCUCAAGUAACUGCAGGACUGAUGCGGGUUGUGGCUGAUGUCAUGUGUGCACAGCUUCACAAACCAGUGGUGGGAGCACACUGGAUGCUGAGUAAAUGGGACAGUCUGUGUAUCUAGCGAAUAUCUAGUAGGUAUCUGCUGAAACUCAGCAUGCUAGAUAAGGUGCCUGUUUAGCAGAUGUACAGAAAGCACAUCUUCCAUUUGUCAGAAACUGGAAAGUGGGGUGGCUUCAGAAAUCAUGAAGCAGUGAGCAUGGAUGUACUAGUGAUUCCAAACACUUCUUCAAUGUCAUGCCUGCACAAAAAACACACUCAUCUCUUAAACAGUAAGAUGUACCUGCUUCCCUCGCUCCCCACAUUCACAUCAGCGCUUGCCACUCUAUUGUAGCAAAAGUAGCAGGAACAAGUAGCACAAACAAAGCAAGAGGUUCCCAUUGCACUACACUGAGGGUUUUUAACACUGCCCAUGCAGUGUUCUUCUGCUGUAAGAUAAAUGAUUUCCCAUGCUUCAGAAGAGGCAUUCCCUCAUCUUUCACGACAAUUUUCACUCACUCUUUACAGGACAAAGAGAGGGCAUUCCUCCAUUGUGGAUGCACCCAGCGAUCAUUCCUUUCCCUUUGUAAGCCAACUGGGUUAUUGCAUUGUUUGCUUCUUUAAAAUGCCACCUCUUCUUGGGGCUUCUUCCUUAGAAAUUAGUUGGUUAAGAGCCUCUGUCAAUCACUGAUCUGUCUUCAGUGAUGGAUUGGAAAAUCCUUUAAUGAGUUUUCAAAGCACUUGUCAAAGCUACUGUCUAGAUAGUAGCUCAGUGGUAACACAACAGGGAGCAGAAGAGACAGUUGCAGUCUUUAAUUAUAUUCCACCCAUAGCUUUGUACAGCUUUAUAUCCCAGUCAUUAGCUAUAUGCGUUGGACUGUUCCUACACAGUUUUAGUGUUAGGCUCUUUUAAUGUUAGUUGGGUGGGUUUGCUAAAGUGCAUUUGAAAGGUACAGUGGAGGUAAUGACCGUUGCUCAACUGGACUUAGUCUUUUAAGUCUCGCCACAUCACUUCCUUAACUUUCCUUUUUGCAAAACUUCUUUCAUGCAUCUGGUUCAAGGGUUUCAAAAAAUUGUUGAUAUCAAAUAUGUCUUCUGCCUUUCCUGCUAUUUAAGAGCUAUUUUAGAGUCUCACCUUUGUGGAAUGUAAGAUGAUGAAGCAAAAAAGACUUGACAUAUUUGGAGUAUAUUUGGGCAGGCUGUGCGUUAAUUUAUCGGGGGCAGAUUCAGACACUUUGGGGCUUACUUGGUCUCUGGUCUUCCCCAUCAACAUAGAAGCAUGUUUGCAAAGUGGGAUACCAUGUCUGAUUUCACCAAUGCCCUUUACAGAAGUGUGAUGAUAAAAAUUUGACAUCCCACAUUCCAUGAAUCUCUCUGUGUACUGGACACCUGAACAUGCAUAUAUGAAUUGCACAAAGACUUGGGUCUUUUGUAAGAAAUACAGGGGAGAUAAUUUCACAGUGCCUCUACCUGUGAAACUAGUUUUUAUGUGUGUGUUUUAAAUACGGAUUUACCUAGUGUGUUCUGUAAUUGCUGUUGUGAUUAUUUUGUCAAAGAGGUAUUUAUACCACAAGUCCUUUAUUAUAGGACAAAGCUACAGAAAUCUGGAGAGAUUUCAGGGAGCUUUAAAUGCAUAAUUGCUUUGAAAACUCUUAAUUGGGAUAGUUAUCCUGAAGCUACAAUUCUGCAAUCCAGUAUUGGCUGAAUGUGGAUUUAUUUAGUUGGCCUUCUGUUUUAGAUCAUUUUUUAAAAAAAAUUCAAGCCCAGAUGGGCUUUUGUAGUUUCACUUUUCAUUCCUAAAAUGUAAAUUUAUAAAAGAAGAAUAGUCAAAAUUACAUAAACAUUAUUAUAUGUUACUGUUGAAAAGCCAAUAGGAAAUCCAGCUGUUUUAGUACGGUAACAAUUUUAUACAUUGUUGCUUGACUCAAGCAGCUGCUAAACCUCCGCUUCAGAAGUCUUGCAGGCAAAAUAUAGGAAGAAGUAUGUAUCUAAAAAGCCAUGGACUUAGAUGCAAGACAGCCUUAAAAAAUUAACAAUAAAACAAUUUGGUCACAGAAGACAUUUCUCUGUGCAAUGGAAGUGCGUAUCAUACAUUGAUCUUCCAGGAAAGCCUGCUUUGUAUUCCAUCAACAUCUGAGAUACGGUUGGUGGCAUAAGGGACAAUGGCUCCUUGAUUGUGGUACCCAGAGUUUGGAGUUCCACACUUGGGUGAUCCAGUUGCCUUCCUUUCUCUCUGUGUUUUGGCACUAGAUAAAAACAAAAUUGCUUAAUCAUGCAUCAAGAGGCUACUCUGUGAUAAUUUGGUAUUGGUUUGCCAGUCUCGUAAUGCAACUUUUUUCUGUUUUUGCUUUUAUUUCCCCAUGGGUUUUAUUGGUAUUGUUUUUGUUAUGAUUUUUAAUUUCCUCAAGGGCCCCUUUACACAAAAGAAAUGUGGGCCAUUAAGUAUUGCAAAAAAGAAAUAAACCUGCAUGUGCAUCAUUGUGAGUUUUUUCACCAUAUAUACACUUGCCAGGAAGUUACAAGUGGUUUCAGUUUCCUAGCAUUUGUAUACAUGUAGAAAAACUAGAGAUUGCACAUUCCUUUCAUGGAAGUACUUCCCUUGAUGUUACUUCAUAGCAUUUGAACCAGGCAUGAGAUUGCAGAAGAUGGAGAACAAACAGAACAGAGGAAUGGGGAAUUCUAGAGAAGUAGGCUGAAAGGCAAAACAAUCCAGGGGAGGAACUGUCCUUAACCGGAAGACUGUUUUAAAGUUCAGGAGACGUAGCAAGCCUUGCCAACCAGUUGUGUUCUCAUAAGGCUCCUGAGAUGCUGCAGACAAAAAGCUGAGGCUGAGGUGGUUGCUUACCCAAGAUCCAUCCACUGAACAAUCCAGGACACUGGCUUGGGGAAGGGUUGGAGGGAACAGAAACACACACAGUUAAGAAUACACAAAAGAGGAACAAGUGGCCACAGCUCAGGGGUAUGACACUACACUUUGCAUGUAGAAGAUCCCAGAUAUUUCCCACUCAAAAGACCAGUGAGGAAAGGCCACUCAAUGUCUUGGACCAUGAGAGCGUCUUCCAAUUAGAAUAGGCAGUACUUGGCUCAAUACAAGGCAUCUUCUCUCAUUUAAGAUCAGAUUGUAGGAGCUAAGUUGGAAUUUGGGGGAUGUGAGAAUUUGGCUUUGACAUUCUUUUCUUAUUUCAGGUGAGCCGGAGCCAGCCGUCAGUAGCGAUUCAGAUAUUUCGUUGAUCAUGGCAAUGGAGGUUGGACUCUCUGAUGUAGAGCUUUCUACUGACCAAGACUGCGAAGAGGUGAAAUCCUGAAAAAGCAGCUCAAAAGACCCUUCCACUAAACUAAAGGGCAGUAGUGGGGAGGGGAAGGAAAAGAAUUAAGUUCUGUCAGAUUUGGACCACUGGUGUACACAUGCAUUCUCAUUCACACAUGUACACACACACACACGCGUAACCAUACACACGUCCAGAACGUUUUGUGAACUCCAGUACGCUCCAUUCUAGGAUGGUCAUGAAAAGCAAUAGCAACAGACGUGUCUGCUUGGAUGCAAUUUCAUCAUUAACUCAGUGUGUCCAUUUCACUGACACUGGAAGGUGAUCAGAAGAGUUAUUCACCUCCUUGGUGGUUCAUAACGAUGUAACUGAAAUGACAGCUGGUGUGUUUUCUACCUUUCUUCAGUCCCUGGUUGUUGUUGUUUUUUUAAGCAGAAGAAAGCACUCCAAGGUGAUUAUUUAUAGCUUGUUUCGGAUGGACAUGUCUUUCUUCCUCUCAACAGCCCCCCCCCCCCAGCUUUUUCAAAAGUUCAGCCCAGAAAUCUGAAUAAUUUUAUGGGUCACCAAGUUAGUGAAUGAGGUAAACAUUGCUUUGGAAAGAAAUGGUGCUUCAGAGCAGUGUCUUGGUCUGAAGCUUCUUUUCAUUGUGGUUUUAGUGGGACUUGGAGAUUUGUGCUUCCGGAUCUCCCAGCCAGGAGAUAGGUGACUAGAUUUACUGAAGUUGGUGACUUGCUGCUUAAUGUUAUUAGUUCGCAUUCAGAGUUUCAUGGCUUGCACAUAUGAUACCAAGUGAGAGAAGAUCAAGAUGAUAAUAAUGGGAUUAAAAGUCAGCCUGUUCUUGCAGCCUAUUUGCUAUAUUUUCUGUCAUCACAAAUCUCUCAUUCCUUAAUGGUCUUCCCUAUGAUUAGUAUGUAAUGAGAUUCACUUUCCCCCCCUUCUUCUUCAGUGAAACUGUUUGUGGUAAGGGGAAAAGAGAACAGAAAUUUCUGGAAGUGUGGGGGAAGAAGCUAGGUGAUGAUGGCCAUAAUAGGAAAGUUACAAAUGGACUGAAGUAUUUUUUGCAUAACCACCUUUACCACCACCCAACACUCUAGUUCACUCUUGCUUCCUCUGUUCAUAGGUGAAAACACUUCCUACUUCCAAGGUCCCUUUCAGUCAAUAGGGGUAAGAAUGUGCACACACUCCAUCAAAUGUACAGCUCUGUGUUCAUUCUGCUAGAUGAAGGGCCAAUCCUCCAAUUCAGGUAGAGGACAUGUGUUCAUGGGUGACAGCAAAAGCACACGAGGGCUGAGAUUAUUCCCUGCAUAACCUUUAGUCAAAUGAAAAACUAGCACAUUCAGACCUGCAUUGAAGCAAUUCACUAGUGUGCACAAACAGUGGGAAAGAGGCUCAGAGGCACUGAGGCACUUUUACUGGCAUGUGUGAAAAGAUACUCUCACAAAGCGUUCUGUUGUUGUUCCUGGUAUGGAAGUCAACUCUUGCUCCCUGGCUUCUGAACUCACUUGGAUGUAGAUCCUCAGCGGGUUAAAGAAAAUGAUGAGGCUCUUCUUCCCAUGUCAUAUUUUUGAAUUGUAAUAGAAACCUGAAACAUUCCAAAAUGAAUUAACUGUCAGUUUCAACUGCAUAUGUUGAAAAGGGUUGCCAUUAAACUGCUGGGACUCAAGAGAUCUUGCAUUGUGCUGUAGUUUCAGGGGAUUUGCUAUUGAUACAGAGGGCAAUUGUAUAUUUCAAUCAAAAUACUUAAGCGUUAAGGAGGACUUUUCAGCUUGUUGUCUUUCAUAAAAGGGUACGCUAUUACUCCUGACAAUAUGAACAGUGAUUUAAAUUGCGGUAGGUAAAUAGGCUUAGCACUGUAGCCUGUGCUAAAAAAAAAAAUACAAUAGAAACAGAAUCUAUUAGAAUUCCUGCAUUAGAGUAGUACUAUAAGGAUUGUUCAGAUAUAAUGCCAUCUGCCCAUAGUUUGGCACUUUGCGAACAGGUCCUGUGCCCACAUGCUCCCACCCACUCAGUGGCUAGAUUUUGUAGGGCCUGGCAAAAUGGCUACAGAAGCAACCUCCCUCUUCAUUUCCUGAGGGGAACCUUGCAGUGGGUGGUAGGAGCUGAAUGUCUAUCCUGAGAAGAGGGGAAUACACGCCUAAGGGGCUUAUUCAUGUAGCACCAUGAAUUUGGUUUGGUGUUCCAUCUGAAGCAACCCUAAGUGUUACUAUGGAGCUGUCGUAAUUGCCCUAUAUAGAGCAUUGCUUUCAGUGAGCUUUAAAUCACUUUGAAAGAUCAUGCUUGCCUCAACAUGUUGAAGGCUUAUGUGUGGGAAGAUGGGCACCUUAAAAAAAAAAAAAGCUGCCAUCUUCUACUUAUUCUUUCAUAAUCUCAUUUAAAUUGAGCCAAAAUAAAUAUGUGAGGACAAAUUGAGACCUAUGUUUAUUGCUGUUUCAGGCCAACUUCAGACUGAGAGGAUCAAGCUUUCAGAUUAGGCUUUUCAUACCUCCAGUAGUUAUGGAGAAGAGAGAAUUUUGGCAGGUGUAACUUACAUCGCAGCUCUACCAGGCUUUGUAAAGCUGCACCUGUGAAAACAUACUCAGUUAUCCCAACUGUUAAAAAUGUAGGAGCCGUAAGAUGGAAGCAUUUGCCAUCUCUGCUCUGGAAUUCACAUUUCCCUGUCUUCCAGUGUGGUUGGGCAUAAGUGUUGAGGGGAGGUCCAUCUUCAAUUUCACUUUAUUAUUUCUGAGGCACGUCAGGAAUAUCAUAUUCAGUUAGAAAGAAGCAAAGCACAGCCCUAAUCUAGUGGAGCCACCUUUUAAAGUGGGUUUUCUAUACAGGCCCUAUCGACCCUAUAUUGCUAUGUGGCUCGCAUGAAUAUAGCAAGAUCGCAAAUAGUAUGUAUCCAUCUAGCUGUGCUGUAAGUUGUACUCCUUUUAUAAUCUCUUACCAUGCAUCCAGAGUUGCACUGGCAAAAGCUGGCUUCGUCACAGUGAAUCUUCCUACCUCUGUUCCUCCCCCAUCUCUUCUGUAAUUUCUGUGCUAUCGGAUAGCUUUGAGCACCACUUUUAUGUCACUUCAAGUAUUGGAGGCUGUUACUGGUGCAUCCACUAAUGCUCGGUUGACAGAACAGCGUGAGUUGUGUCACCUCACCAAAACUACCACCCUUUCAGCUUAUUCUGCCUAGUUGCCCAUGUAGAAGUGACAGGGAGGAAAAGGCUAAUGGCCAACUCCCAAUUAACAACAUAUUCAUCCAUCUCAUUUCCCCCUGCCAAAAAAAUGUAGAAAUGUAGAAAGAGUACAAACCAUAAUUCUGGAAACAUUGGUUCUUUUGACAUGCGUCUUCUGCUUUAGGAAGCUGCCUUGUAGCAGGUCAGAUUGUUUGUCUAUCUGGCCCAUAUAGACUAUUCUUGACUGGCAGUGGCUGUCCAGGGUCUCAGGCAAAGGUGAUUUCAGUUAUCUGCUACCUGGUCUUCCUAGGAAUUGAACCUGGGAACUUCUGCAUGCAAAGGAUGUGUUCUGCACCCUUUCUUUGAGAGAUCCUUCAGGGAUAAUUUGUUAUAGUACAGGAACCAGGCCUUUAUUUACUGGAGGAUGGAAACCUUUAAACUGAUAUGGAAAUAGCAAAAACAAAACAAAAUAGUCCUGGAAAAUCAGUUACCGGUAAAUGUCUUCAGAGUUUUUUUCAGACCCUUGUAUCCAAAGAAGUUUCUUUUGGAAAAUAGAUUUAUGUCAAAUUUCAGAGAGCGAUUCCAGCCUUGUAAGUGACUGAACUAUGCCAUGGAUCGAUUAGGACUGAAAAUAGAAGGCCGGGAGGAAGCUCAAAGGUGCUUGGGUGCCUCAUCCUUCCAGACGUACUCUAGCCUCAGGAUGCCUAGGAGGAGGCAGCAGCCAUCAUAUGAACAGGGGAGUAUGAUUUGCUUUGAAUCUCUUUGCUGUCUGGCAGGUAUGGGGAACCUUUGGCAGAACUACAACUCCCAUCGGUCCUAGCAAGCAUUGUCAAUGACCAAGGAUGAUGGGAGUUGUAAUUCAGCAAUAUUUGGAGGGCCAAAGUUUCCCCAGAUCUGCUAUACAGAGUGAGACAGCUGCUGAGGAACAGGGAGAUGUGGCAAGGUGUUGUGCCUGUUCCACGUGGCCUGCCCUUCCCCCUCCUAAGCCAACCUGCUGUUCUCAGGUGCAGUGGAAGCUUCUGUCCCACUCCCAGCAUUGAGGUCAGAUUCAGCUGCCAGUGUAAUCAGCUUUUAUGCAUGGAUUGAGGAGAGGUGCCAUCUUUUCCUUCAGCUGUUGCUGCGUCAAGAUUUGAGUGUGAUAAAUCUCCCCCAAAGUCAUAUGAUCUUUGUCCAUUUGAUCAAAUGCCCCGAGCCCAGGAUCAUGGUUCUCUACCAAUGUAUAGCUCUAUUAUCUUCACCAGUGUUAAGAAUAGGUACCAUUUUAACUUUGACCUUCCAGUAUUCCCUCCCAGACCUUGCUAUAUGAAUAUGGCUAGAGGUGUUUGCAUUGCACAGUAUAAAGGCAGCGAACAACCUGAAGUUUUGCCCAGGAGUUCAGUUAGAAUUCAAGCCCUCAACUUUCUUCCUCCAGUAUUUCUACGCUGCCAUCAAUAGAAACCACCUCACAGACAUUAACAGCAGUGUCACUGCCAUGGUCAGUCACCUAGAGUGCGCCUUUACCAAGAAACACAUGGCGUGGCCUGAGAACAGGCAGCUUCUAGGGCAGCCUGGCUGGGCUAUUUCUGUACCAUCCUGAGGCAGCUGGAGAAGAAGCCCUAUUUUUGAUCAGCUGUGGGAUGGCUUCUCUUGGCAACAAGAGGAACCAGCCUAAAAGAUGCGAAAGGAUCGGGCAGUUCAGGAAAUGUAAUGCACAUCAUGGAUACCUUCAUAAGCAGAUAUGAUUGAUGGCUGUAUUUCAUGAGUGUGCACUCUAGCCCUAUGCAUUUCUCCUGGGAAAGAAAGACCUGCUGCAUUCUGCAGGGCUUAUUCUCAAGAAUGCAUGCAUCUACAGGUGGGCCUGUUAGAAGUAGGCAGAAGGCAGUCCAUUAAAGCAAGGGGUUAUUUGAGGAAAGGCUGAGCUUUAGUAAAGUUGUUUUUUAAAUAAUAAUAAUUGGAACAGUUGAUACAAAGCAACUUAGGUUCUUUGUUUUGACAAACGGUUGCAUAAACUAACUGAUAGUUCUGCAGCAGUAACAACGUGAGAGAAUUUCUAGUCUAGAAGGGUCUUGGCAUACCAGAUGGUGUUUGUUAAUGCAUUGUAUAGCAAAGUAGAAGAGCGCCCUCUGCUGCCUGACUUCCAGCCGCCAGAAGCCCACUUUUAAUUCUAUCAUAGAUCCAGCAGCUGGAAAUCUGUCACUGGUAGAAAUGUUAAUUCUUUGGUGCCCAGGAUGUGGGGUGGGGAAAGGAUGUACCCGCUUGGCUAUAACAAUAAUGAGACGGGAAAAGGAUUGAAGGUGCUGAAAGUGUAAUAUAGCAUCAUCUUAUGCUCAUUUGUCUUCAAAAAUAUUUUGCUUUCUGGUCAAAACGUUACCUUGCAAGAAGGAAUUCAAAGAAGAAAGGACAAAAGAAGGAAGAGGAUGCUGUCAUCACCCCCUCCCCCUUAUUUGCUAAUUUUAAAAUACUGCCUAUUUUUAAAGGCAUCAGAUGAUACACAUGUCUUUGCCAUGAAUGUAUAUGUAUAUGGUUAUUACAGAUGUGAAAUAUCAAAAGUGUUUUUUAACAUGUACAUAGUAUCACCUUUUCUUCCUGUUUUCAUGUUAAGCAACCUGAGGCUAUAUACCAUUUUAUAAAUAGAAUGGAAUGUAAACUAGGGGUUGGGGUGGGAAGGGCUGUUAUUUUUAUAGCAAGAUGUUCCUUGUACCUCGUGAGCAUUUUAAAAUGAUUUUGUACUUGUCAAAAUAUACAUUCCAUCCAUUUCCUGAAAAUAUUUAUUUUUAUUUAAAGUAGUUUAUAAACUAAAACAAGACGUCCAUUUGGUAUAACGUUCAUCCAUAACGCUAAAAGUAUUUGGUUUACAGUAAUUGCUCCAAAGUUCUCUCCUGCCAUGUCAUGUAGCAGAAUGCACACCAUACCAGCAAAUGCCAAUAAUUUUUUAAAAGGCAGAUAAAUGAAUAAAAAUACUCCUUUUAUGCAGUUAUGUUGAAAUUAUUUCUAGCUACCAAAACAGUGUUUUACAGCAGAACACUCUUAAAACAGUUCAUUCUCCUGCUAUUUCCCCCCUGAAUUUAGAAAGUGUCAGACAAAAAUAGUUUGAACAAUCAGCCUGCUGUGAAAAGCAGUUGUGUUCACACAUGCAAGCUACUCUGCUGUUUAUAGCAGAAGUUGGCUGUGUACAGCACUGAUUGGCUGGCUCCCUGUGUUAUCACAAGGCCAUUUCCUCCAUUUGCCAAGCUGUUUAUUUCUUUUUUCAUUAUUAUUUCAAUAAAUGAUUUUGUUCCUUUAAAAUAAGUAAUAUAACCAAUUGGAUGCUCAGUUCAACUGGAUGUUCAAUUCAAUUAACAUUCACAGUGUUCAUUAAGCACUAUAAUGUUCACAUACAUAACAAAACAUCCCUGCUUUGACAGUGGAAGCAAUUCAUCACCUUCUAAAUCUCACCUUGAAGCGGCUUAUAAAGGAGGGGUAUGUGUGUGGCAGAAAUCAUCAAGAUUACCCAAUGACAUUUGCAUAGGCAUUUUUUUUUUAUCUUAACAUAUUUUGGCAGCUGUGAAUUGUCUGCCUAUGCAGCGCUGAAAUAGUUCUGUGAAGGAUUCAUUUUACGACACAUUCUGUACAGUAUUGCAAAUGUAUUUCAACUGCUAGUGAAGUUGCUGUUACUUUAUUAUGCAUCCUUAUAUAUCCCACCCUCCCUUCCAAUGCACUUUAUAUCAUUUGGAAAAUGUGGGAGUCUGACAACUAUCAUAUAUAAAGGGAUUUGCCUGAAAUCGUGGCACAAAUAUUGAUUUUUUAAAAAUUUUAUUUUUAAAAAAACAUUACUUUGGUUAAUUGUGUCCUCACUGUCCUUUACAGCAGUGACUCAGCUGUGGGAGGAAAUAUGGAGAUGUUAAGGUUGAUAUUGGAGAAACAUUAUUCAGUAGUACAACAUGGCUAUUUUUGUUAUAUAGAGGACUAUAGUGUAAAUAUGUGAGACUGUGUUAUUCUGUAUUAGUAAAAUAUUGCAACUGUAAAAGUUAAAGGAUUGUGAAAUCGGAGGAAUUUUAUUGCAAGCUUUCUUUUUUAAUAAAAAACUAUCUGAUUUGUGUCCU